ACAACACCCAGGGCCCGGGUCAGCAUUUCUCCAGAGGGCAGUUGGCGGAUACGUCAGGCCCCACCACUGAACCUGCCUCCCCUGGGCACCAGCUGCUUCUCUCACCACCUAGCGACCUUCACACGUUCAGGCCAGAGGCACACCAACACACACUGCCUCUUAAGUGAAUGUGACUUGGUGAUGGGCCCUGUUAGGGUUUGCAAAAUGGCGGCCUUUCCUUCCUGAUGACUGGUUUUGAACAGAUUUUGAUUUCAAAGGAAAAGCAUAGAUCAGGGCUUCCGGUGCAUAACUUUCACAGAUCCAAUCAGUGAUUACUUGAAGGAAGGAAGGGAGGGAGGGAGGGAGGGAGGGAGGGAGGGAGGGAGGGAGGGAGGGAGGGAAUCAAACAGGACCAUGGUCUGUGGUUUAGAGAGAGAUGACUGAGCACCAUCAUCCACGAUGUCUACACAGCAUUGAUCAUCUGGCAUAGUGGUUAAAACUUAUACGUCUGAUUUAUGCUCAGCUGCUUUGACCAAACGCUUAGAACAUUGCUUACUGAAAUUGGCAUCUAAUCUAAGUGCACUGUGAGUUUUUUUUUUCUUCAGUUUAGUCUAAUCUUACAGCACCGUAGUUACUUUGUUGGCUGUGCGGUAGAUUUGUUAGAAGUCUGAUUUAAACACCAUCUGUAGAUUUAUUGUGACGGAUGCCUACACCAAAAGAGUGCCUCAUAUCACUGAACAAAUCCUCUUUUGGAUUUUUCUUCAAAAUAGCUAGAAUUGAACAGCCCCUAGAUGCUUCUCCUGGUAGCUUUUUACCACCAUGAAAGAAAGGAUUUUAUUUGAAUAUAUUAAAAUACAUGAUAACGUUUCAAUUAUGUAUAGUACAUGUAUACCAUCAUACUGUUAAUCAUCUCCAAUGCUUAUUUUGCCUUUGAAAACCCGAAGACCUUGCUAAACCAGCCCUCAGCUCGACUACGACAAGCUAAUUAAAGGUGGCGACACUAUUAACAUCUAACACACUCCAAAACAAGACCAAAUCAAAUUCCCACCAGAUUUUUUUUCUUCGUUGAUUUGAUUCGGGGGCGACUGUGAAAAACUGCUUAAAUCCAGCCGGCUGUAUGUAAGCAAGGAUGUAUAAUUAAUGACAGCAGGGCUUGAUACUAAACACUGAGUAAUCUGGAUCAAACGGCGCCCAUGCCAUGGAGGAGACCGUGAGCUGGGGGGGGGACCAGGGUUCUCUUUUACACUGCGGCCAACUGUACAUUUGCUGUAUUAAAUGUUCAUGUCAUGUCUCUAGGGUUGAGCCUAGAAAACAAAAUCCAUUGGCUGAGUGGUUGUGCUUCUUUUUAGGAUGUGUGUCAGUAGGAUGUUGUUUUGUUUAUAUACAGUAGGUCCAUGGAGAUACUAUGGCUGAAUUUUAGUUAGACCCCUCGUCCCUUCCAUACACCCUAGGCAUUCCUGUAGUUCUGAGUGGAUUGGAUAGAAUUCCAUAUCGACACCUAGCCUCUUCACCCUAGACCUAGGAUUUGGUAGAUAUAAGCAUCAUGGAAAUAGCUUCAUCAUUGUGUUUAACAGGUACAAGGGGAUAUUAGGGCUUGCUUACUCUCCUGAUACACAAAUCUGGUAAUAUGGUGAUAAGCAAUGUAACGGAAACUCGGUGGACAAAUUACUUAAACCUGCUCAGUCGUCUCAGGUCUGCGAAGUGGAGUGAGUGAGGGCAGCAGGGGAGGGUGCAAUGUGUUGGAAUGGAAUGCAGCCUAACAAGUCCUCUCUGCAUUCCCUCCCGUCCUCCCUCCCCUCCAGGCAAACAGACGUGCCCUCUGGAGAAGUUUGACUGCGGCGGCUCUACCAACAAGUGUGUCUCGUUGUCAUGGCGAUGCGACGGCGAGCGGGACUGCGAGAACGGGUCGGACGAGGAGGACUGUGCCACCGGUGAGUGUAGUGGACAGCUGUCAAUCAAAGGCCAUAGAAACGACUUAUUGGCAGAGACAGGUGUCCUUACGCUAAGGAUGGGCAGUAGUCCAGCCCACUGCCAAAGUGCCUGACUGAAUUUUUUCUGGAAAACUAUGGUGAAAAAAGAAAAACAACUAGCUUUUAUAAGGUGUUCUGCUCAGUGGUCAACAUUGCUGUGCAUUUUUCAUCUCAAUUACUUUUAACCCUUUAAACGCUAAGCUGCAGUGUUUCCGCUGCAGUCAUUUAGCUGUGGCGCUGCGCCAUGGCAAAAUCAUUGGCACCACUCCCCAAAAAUAUGGAACAUGAAAAAAUAUUUCUGGCGAGGCGCACUUUGAAUAUGCUAGAACAGUCCACAUUUACUUUUCCUCUGCAAACAAAACAAGUAAUGGAUAGAUAACUCUGAAAACCCCAUAGUAGAAUAGUUGAUCUAUUUACCGAGUCGGCUUGUUGUUGUGUGUUCUAUGCGAGAUAAAUAUUCCUCUCGAGGCGUAUUCAAGUUACUCGUGCCAUAGGGAGGGAAACAUGCAUUCUGACAAGCAGUCAAUGCACAACAAUUCUUGCAAUUGCGGGGAAAACAGCAGUUUUAAUGGUCUUUGUUAAAAAGAGGGAGAUCCCAGCUUUCCAUUCCUACUGUAUUUAUUUCUCAACUCCAAAAUAUGCACGAACUGCACCAUUUUAAACUCUACAUUUUUAGCAGCAGCAUGGUUAAGUGCGUUACUGCUCAGCAAUUCGUAAGUGAAGAGUGUGGCUAAAUGUAACAUGCUUCAAUUGUAGGGUAACUUGGGGUAAAAAGCCACCCUACCUCAAAAAUAAUUUUUGGGGAGUGAGUUCAAAAAUGUUGAAUAGACAGAUGAAAUUUUUUGUUGAGCAAGAGUAAGGGAACCAGAGAAAGUUUUUGGGGGGCAACAUUUUGACAUGAAGUUGUUUCUAUGAGAAGUACAGGCAGUGGUGUGUUACCCCGGGUAGUAGGUUACCCCAAGCUACCCGAACUGGUAGGUCUACAUUAUAUUCACUGUGUAUAUGCAAGUUUAUUGGGACAUAAAAUUCAUCAAUAGGAUGCAAACUACAAUAGUUAAAAGAUCACAUUUGGGAUCUGGCUGAUGAUUAGCCCAAUAGGUUAAAUGCAGAUAGCCAACCCCAUGCUUCAGCCUAUUUAUUUAUAGCCACCAUGCUGCAUUAAUUGGGCUACAGGUGUUAAUGAUUAUUGCUAAUAGCAUACCUGAAAAUAUGGUCCAAAAUGUAAAAAUAAUUUAAAGGUGCAACACAGUUUUUUUUUGCAUUGUAAUUUCUGAAAAUGUCACUGACAUUGACUGACCAGGUGAAAGCUAUAGCUAUGAUCCCUUAUUAUUAUUAAUUUUUUUAACUCCCCUAACCCGGACAGCACUGGGCCAAUUGUGCGCCGCCCUAUGGGACUCCCGGUCACGGCCGGUUGUGACACAGCCUGGGAUCGAACCCGGGUCUGUAGUGCCUUAGACCGCUGCGCCAGUCGGUAGGCCCGCUAUGAUCCCUUAUUGAUGUAACUUGUUAAAUCCACUUCAGUCAGUGUAGAUGAAGGGGAGGAGACAGUUAAAGGCGGAUUUUUAAGCUUUGAGACAUGGAUUGUGUAUGUGUGCUCUUUCCAUGACAUAGACUAACCAGGUUAACGGGUAUGGUAGUAGGUGCCAGGCUCACGGGUUUGAAUGUGUCAAGAACUGCAAUUCUGCUGGGAUUUUCACGCUCAAUAGUUUAUUGUGUGUAUCAAGAAUGGUCCACCAUCCAAAAGACAUUCAGCCAACUUGACACAACUGUGGGAAGCAUUGGAGUCAUCAUGGGCCAACAUCCCUGUGGAACACUUUCGACACCUUGUAGAGUCCAUGCCCCGACGAAUUGAGGCUGUUUGUUACCUUUUUGGGGGGAGAUUUUCUGGCUCUCACAGACCUGUAACUUCUUCUUUAAGAGGCUCCUCUGUCCUCCACUCGUUACCUGUAUUAAUGGCACCUGUUUGAACUUAUCAGUAUAAAAGACACCUGUCCACAACCUCAAACAGUCACACUCCAAACUCCACAAUGGCCAAGACCAAAGAGCUGUCAAAGGACACCAGAAACAAAAUUGUAGACCUGCACCAGGCUGGGAAGACUGAAUCUGCAAUAGGUAAGCAGCUUGGUUUGAAGAAAUCAACUGUGGGAGCAAUUAUUAGGAAAUGGAAGACAUAUAAGAACACUGAUAAUCUCCCUCGAUCUGGGGCUCCACGCAAGAUCUCACCCCGUGGGGUCAAAAUGAUCACAAGAACGGUGAGCAAAAAUCCCAGAACCACACAAGGGGACCUAGUGAAUGACCUGCAGAGAGCUGGGACCAAAGUAACAAAGCCUACCAUCAGUAACACACUACGCCGCCAGGGACUCAAAUCCUGCAGUGCGAGACGUGUCCCCCUGCUUAAGCCAGUACAUGUCCAGGCCCGUCUGAAGUUUGCUAGAGUGCAUUUGGAUGAUCCAGAAGAGGAGAAUGUAAUAUGGUCAGAUGAAACCAAAAUAUAACUUUUUGGUAAAAACUCAACACGUCGUGUUUGGAGGACAAAGAAUGCUGAGUUGCAUCCAAAGAACACCAUACCUACUGUGAAGCAUGGGGGUGGAAACAUCAUGCUUUGGGGCUGUUUUUCUGCAAAGGGACCAGGACGACUGAUCUGUGUAAAGGAAAGAAUGAAUGGGGCCAUGUAUCGUGAGAUUUUGAGUGAAAACCUCCUUCCAUCAGCAAGGGCAUUGAAGAUGAAACGUGGCUGGGUCUUUCAGCAUGACAAUGAUCCCAAACACACCGCCCGGGCAAUGAAGGAGUGGCUUCGUAAGAAGCAUUUCAAGGUCCUGGAGUGGCCUAGCCAGUCUCCAGAUCUCAACCCCAUAGAAAAUCUUUGGAGGGAGUUGAAAGUCUGUGUUGCCCAGCGACAGCCCCAAAACAUCACUGCUCUAGAGGAGAUCUGCAUGAAGGAAUGGGCCAAAAUACCAGCAACAGUGUGUGAAAACCUUGUGAAGACUUACAGAAAACGUUUGACCUGUGUCAUUGCCAACAAAGGGUAUAUAACAAAGGAUUGAGAAACUUUUGUUAUUGACCAAAUACUUAUUUUCCACCAUAAUUUGCAAAUAAAUUCAUUAAAAAUCCUACAAUGUGAUUUUCUGGAAUUUUUUUUCUCAUUUUGUUUGUCAUAGUUGACGUGUACCUAUGAUGAAAAUUACAGGCCACUCUCAUCUUUUUAAGUGGGAGAACUUGCACAAUUGGUGGCUGACUAAAUACUUUUUUCCCCACUGGAUCUGGCGUUAAUAGUGGAAUUAUAGUGUUUCACAGUAUUACUUACCCGCCAGUGAUUGGCUGUGAUAUUCUCCUAUUGAUUUCUCGGUUGGCUGUUCUGACUUUGUGGCUGUGUUAUCUAGUGGAAAUUGCUAAUUUCCUGGUUGCUAAAAUUCAACUUUUUGCUCAAUUUCAGUUUGUGAGAAAACAAGCACUGAAUAGUGUAGGGAAUUACCAGCUUCAAACAGCUGUAAAAAUGAUAUUUUUUGUUAUUGAAAAGAUGCAGUGCCUUCAGAAAGUAUUCACACUCUUUGACUUUUUCCACAUGUAAAAUGGUAUUAAAAUGGAUUUAAUUGUCAUUUUUUGUCAAUGAUCUACACAAAAUACUCUGUAAUGUCAAAGAAUAUUGUACCAUAUUUGCCCAUUAUGCUUGGCUGUUGAUCAUUGCUAGACAACCAUUUUCAAGUCUUGCCAUAGAUUUUCAAGCAGAUUUAAGUCAAAACUGUAACUCGGUCACUCAGGAACAUUCACUGUCUUCUUGGUAAGCAACUCCAGUGUAUAUUUGGCCUUAAGUUAUAGUUUAUUGUCCUGUGUCUGGUGGAAAGCAGACUGAACCAGGUUUUCCUCUAGGAUUUUGCCUGUGCUUAGCUCCAUUCUGUUUAUUUUUUAUCCUGAAAAACUCCCCAGUCCUUAACGAUUACAAUCAGACUCAUAACGUGAUGCAGACACUACUAUGCUUGAAAAUAUGGGGAGUGGUACUCAGUAAUGUGUUGUAUUGGAUUUUCCCCAAACAUAACACUUUGUUUGUAUUAAGGACAAAAAGUGAAUAGCUUUGCCAAAAAAAAAUUCUGUAUUACUUUAGUGCCUUGUUGUAAACAGGAUGCAUGUUUUGGAAUAUUUUUAUUCUGUACAGGCUUCCUUCUUUUAACUCUGUCAAUUAGGUUAUUAUUGUGGAUUAACUACAAUGUUGUUGAUCCAACCUCAGUUUUCUCCUAUCAAAGCCAUUAAACUUUGUAACUGUUUUAAAGUCACAAUUGGCCUCAUGGUGAAAUCCCUGAGCGUUUUCCUUCCUCUCCGGCAUCUGAGUUAGGAAGGAUGCCUGUAUCUUUGUAGUGACUGGGUUUAUUGAUACACCAUCCAAAGUUUAAUUAAUAACUUCACCAUGCUCAAAAAGGGAUAUUCAAUGUCUGCUUUUUUUUUUUUUUUUUUUACAUCUAGCAAUAGGUGCCCUUCUUUGUGAGGCAUUGGAAAACCUCCCUGGUCUUUGUGGUUGAAUCUGUGUUUGAAAUUCACUGCUCGACUGAAGUACCUUACAGCUAAUUGUAUGUGUGGGGUACAGAGAUGGGGUAGUCAUUCAAAAAUCAUGUUAAACACUAUUAUUGCAACUUAUUAUGUGACAUGUUAAGCACAUUUUAACUCCUGAAUUUACAACUUAUUUAGGCUUGCCAAAACAAUGGGGUUGAAUACUUCUUAACUCAAGACAUUACAGCUUUUCAUUUUUUAUUAAUUUGUAAACAUUUCGCAAAACAUAAUUCCACUUUGACAUUAUGGGGUAUUGUGUGUAGGCCAGUGACAAAGAAAUCUCAAUUUAAUCCAUUUUAAAUUCAGUACUGACUGAACCUGUGAUGAGUGUGAUAAGAAGGAGUCAGGCGCAGGAGGGUAAAUCACCGAAUACAGAGUUUAUUCCGUCGUACACAGUUGCGCUGGAUAGCGACAACAAAAUGCAGGCACAGGGGAACAAUCUACCCCGGCAAUACAAGGUACGAGUAGCUCCACCGAGCUACACUCAACUAACAUAAAACAAUCACCCACAAGGACAGGGGGCCAGAGGGAACACUUAUACACGGACUACUGAGGGGAUAUGAACCAGGUGUGUGUAAUAGACAAGACAAGACAAAUGGAAUGAUGAUAUAUGGAGCGGCAGUGGCUAGUAAGCCGGUGACGACGAACGCCGAAGUCUGCCCGAACAAGGAGGGGAGGCAGCCUCGGCGGAAGUCGUGACAGAACCUGACUGAGCCAUUCUACAGCAGUACCCUUGUCAUAGAAUUGUGUUUGAACAAUUGUCGCCAUGUUACAAUUCUAUAUAACUUUAAAUAGGCCCACUACUGUGUGACAUUAAAGUGUUCGCAGUCAAAGAGAGGAAUAGAGCAUUUUUUUAAAUUAAAGAUCCCUAUUUCCUCCAUAUAUGGCUUUUGGGUGUUUAUUUUCUCCAUAUGCUUAUCUUCUGACGACGGAGGACAUGACAGCUCGGUAUGCAGCACUUUAGAUUUUCGGGCAACACAAAUGGCACCCUAUUCCUUACAUAGUGCACUACUUUUGGCCAGAGCCUGUCAAAAGUAGUGCACUAUGUAGGCAAUAGAGUGCCAUUUGGGAUGCAUCCCAUAUCGAUGGAAACGGGGUCUAAUGAAUAAAUCAGCUCCACUGAGAAAAUACAUAGACUUUGAUGCACAAAUCAAAGGUUGCAAUUCAAUAUCAUAUCAAAUGUGAUAAUCUGUGCGUGUAGAAUUUGCAAUUGGCGGCCGGCGAAAGCUUUUGGUAUCUUCCACGACUUAUCACAACCAUAGUGAUAGCGAGAGCCACCACUUCAACCUGACCCAGCUUUGCAUGGUGCAAGCUCCAAUCCAUCAACAAUGGAUGAUGGCAUCACCCUCCUCUUUACCUAAUGACGUGCCACCCUGGUCCGUCUCCGCACACUCAUACACACCACCCGCCGUGACUACACUCCUGCCCUACUUUACACGGCAGCGUGAAGAAUCGACUUCUCCUUUUCUCUCGUGCUUGCUUCUCUCCCUGAGAAAUUGAUUGAAGCGAAAACACCGCAGGAGGCUGAAUGUUUGGACUUUGAAGAUUGUGUGCCGCCGUGGCACGCACGCAUGAAGCUACACUUGGAGAAACCCUGUUUUAUUUUCCUCAGAUGAGGGAAAGAGCAGAGAGAGGGAGGAAAAGAUGCUGUAUGUUUUCAUGUUAUCAUUUGGGUCCCCAGGGUUUUUUGUGUAUGUGUUUCUGUAGGUUCUUAUCACGGCCACCGCAUUCACUCGAUUUAUAUUUAAUCAAAUUGGAAAUCAAAACAACUAUUUACUCAUCUCAGAUAUGGUCUGUGAGCAUGCAUUUACUACAGUACAUCAUAGAAAAUUCAAAAAUAGACCUGGGUUCAAAUACUAUUUGAAAUCUUUUUUUUAUUUAGCCAGAUGGGCAUGGUUUGUGCUUUUGCAUCUAUUCUACUGGUCCCAUUGCGCCAGGCAAGCUCAAUCAAGCUAAAUUAAACCGUAUUUGAACCAAGGUCUGUGUAAAAUACAUCUAUGCCACUUUGCCCAUAACACUGCUUUGGUUAAAGGAGCUAAAGGUUGACUGAAAAUGGCAAGUAAGAGAGGCCAUUGACUUUCGCUGUAAUACCUUCUUAACUUGUCAGGGGUUUUAGCUGUAGUCAGCCCGGGUCCAUUGAAAGCCCUUCUAGUCUGCUCUAAUCCCUUUCUCAUUCUAAAUUCUCCAUUGACCCCUCCAGACUAAGCUUCUCACUGAUGACUUCAGGCCAGGGGCCACUGCCUCCCUUGGAGCUGAAACACUACUGGGCUUGUAGAGUAUGUGGUAUGGUAUCAAUAUUAGGAAAUCCCCUAGAGCUCAAACACUGCUGGGCUUGUAGAGUAUAUAGUAUGGCAUCCAUAUUAGGAUUUCCCUCAGUUGUCAGACGGAUCUCACUCUAUUGUCAAAAAUCCCUCAGUUGUCAGUUUUCAGACAAAAGUCCCUCUCAGUCUUGGCAGUCAAGUUUCGUCUGAGGACUGAGUACGGAAGGACUUCAGAAUAUGGAUGCAGUAAUAUUAGGCCUGGGAGAUUUACUGGUCGGGUAAUCUGAUGCUAGAUCUUCGAUUUAAUAAUAGGCAUCAUUUCUACCGUUACUGCAGUGGUAUAAUACUGUAAGGUCCUGAGUUUUCCUGACCAAGUUCUUCCAAUGUUGAACUGACCACAUGGUCAGGAAAACCUUAUGAUUCUGGAGAUGAUGAUACCACCACCACAGUGACAACGCACCUGGUCUGCGGUAGAUGAUCAUUGAUUGCCUGCCUGCAUCAGUCGUAGACGUACUGUGCUAUAAAGCUCUAAUUAAAUAAGUCCGAGGGCCUCAUAUCUUUAAUUGUGUUUUUUAUUUUAUUUUUUCGUUGUUGGGACCAAAACCCCUCACAAGGAUAGUAAAACAGGGAACAUUAUUUUAAGCUUAGGGUUAGGAGUUAGGGUAAGGGGUAAGGGAAAAUAGGAUUUUGAAUAGGAAUCAAUUGUUUGGUCCCCACAAGGAUAGUAAAACAAACGUGUGUGUGUGCCUGGAGGGAUGCUAAAUGGAUGGAUUUACCCCCGGCAGCUCUGAUAAUGCAACUCCAUCUGGCUGACAAUAAAGUUUUAAUUGAAUUGAAUUAGAUUGACUCGCCAUUCAGAGAGGCGGCAGGAGAAUUGACUUCAAAGGAGUUGUAACACACUAUCUGUGUGUUGGUAUUCUCCAGGAGAAGGUGCAUUAAGGUGCAUUGACAAUGACUGGCACAUAAUAAUACAUGCCCUUAAAUUCUGCCAUCCCCCGCAGCCAGCCAGUUAGCAGCUAGAUCAAAUGUUAUUUGCCACAUGCGCCGAAUACAACAGGUGUAGACUUUACAGUGAAAUGCUUACUUACAAGCCCUUAACCAACAAUGCAUUUUUUUUUUUUGUGUGUUAAGUAAAAAAAAUUAAAGCAAAUAACUAAAGAGCAGCAGUAAAAUAAAAAUAACAGUAGGGAGGCUAUAUACAGGGGGGUACCGGUGCAGAGUCAAUGUUACAUUUUACAUUACAUUUACAUUACAUUUUAGUCAUUUAGCAGACCCUUUUAUCCAAAGUGACAUUCAGUAAGUGCAUUCAUCUUACGAUAGCUAGGUGAGACAACCAAAUAUCAGUCAUAUUAAGUACAUCUUUCUUCAAAACGGAAGUUAUCAGCAAAGUCAGUGCUAGUAGAAAAAGACAAGUGCAAUUUUUUUUUUUUUUUUAUGGGGGUCGGGAAUAAGAUUUAGAUGUCUUAUUUAAGAUACUCUUUGAAGAGGUAGGUUUUUAGUUGUUUUUGGAAGCUCGUUCCACCAUUAGGGUGCCAGGACAGAGAAGAGCUUUGACUGGGCUGAGCGAGCGCUUGACUCCCCGUAGGGGUGAGCUGGCCAAGCGACCAGAGGUGACAGAAUGGAGUGCUCGGGUUGGGGUGUAGGGUUUAAGCAUAGCCUGAAGGUAGGGCAGGGCAGUUCCCCUUGCUGCUAUGUAGGCAAGCAUCAUGGUGUUGUAGUGGAUGCGAGCUUCAACUGGAAGCCAGUGGAGUGUGCGGAGGAGUGGGGUGACAUGGGAGAACUUGGGAAGGUUGAACACCAGGCGAGCUGCGACGUUCUGGAUAAGUUGCAGGGGUUUGAUGGCACAAGCGGGGAGCCCAACCAACAGAGAGUUGCAGUAGUCCAGACGGGAGAUGAAAAGUGCCUGGAUUAGGACCUGCGCCGCUUCCGGUGUGAGGUAGGGUCAUACUCUACGGAUGUUGUAGAGCAUGAACCUGCAACAGCUUUGAUGUUUGCAGACAAUGACAGGCUGUUGUCCAGGGUCAAGCCAAGGUUCUUUGCUCUCUGGGAGGGGGAUACCGUGGAGUUCUCAGAGAUGCGUGUCGCCACCUGGGUGUCAGAAGGGGGAAGGAGAAAAGUAGUUGAGUGUCAUCCGUAUAUCAAUGAUAGGAGAGACCAUGUGAGGACAUGACGGAGCAGAGUGACUUGGUGUAUAAAGAGAAAAGGAGAGGGCCUAGAACAGAGCCCUGGGGAACACCAGUAACGAGAGCAUGUGGUGUAGACACAGAUCCUUUCCACGUCACCUGGUAGGAACGGCCUGUCAGGUAGGAUGCAAUCCAAGAGUGUGCAGAGCCUGAGACGCCCAGCCCUGAGAGGGUGGAGAGGAGGAUCUGAUGGUUCACGGUGUUGAAGGCAGCAGAUAGAUCUAGGAGGAUGAGAACAGAGAAGAGAGAGUCAGCUUUGGCAGUGUGGAGAGCCUCCGUGACACAGAGGAGAGCGGUCUCGGUUGAGUGACCCGUCUUGAAGCCUGACUGGUUAGGGUCAAGAAGAUCGUUCUGAGAGAGAUAACGAGAGAGUUGGUCAGAGACGCUCAACUGUUUUGGAAAGAUACAGGAUCAAACUGUGAUAGAUUCAAAACGCAAAUAAUGUCUAUUUUUUAAGUCUGUCUUUUACACACACACACACACACACACACACACACACACACACACACACACAGAUACACAAGCAGCAUACACACAAACACACUCUAGGAGUUUUUUCUGGGUGACACAUGGUCAGUAAGUAUAUAUAUUUGUAAUAGUAUAAACAUAAGCUUGUUUUGUUUUACUUGAGUUUACUUUACCGAGCAUGGCCCCAAAAUACAUGUCUCACAGUGGGCAGGCUAUGGUUUAAUCCUGCUUAGAGAUAACUACAAUAGUAUGCACACACAUACAUAAACAUACACCUUCCAACAACCUUGCCCUCCAUGCCAGAGUCUGGAGCCUUGGGACCCUAGAGACAGUUGUGCUCCUUCUUGGAAGCCGUCCCAAUCCUAGCAAAACUCUCUGCACUCCAUCCAGGCAGCCUAAAAAAGUAAAUUGCGUCAAGGAGUUUCGCUAAUUGAGUCAUCCACAUGUUGAAUUAUGCAUUAAGUCGAAUCCUGCCCUCCAUAUAUCUCUCUCUCUCUCUCUCUCUCUCUCUCUCUCUCUCUCUCUCUCUCUCUCUCUCUCUCUCUCUCCCUCUCUCUUUCACUCUCUCUUUCCCUCUCUCUCUCUCUCUCUUUCUCUCUCUUUCUCUCUCUCCCUCUGUCUGAUUAACAUUACAUUAAGCAGGCAGCAGUCCCCUAAAGAGAAAGUUGAGCUCCUCUCUCCAGUCAUCUGUAGUAAUGUAAAUGUGCAGCACUGUACUCAAACACACAGGCUCUGAGGUCCUCUCAGGAGCAAGGAACACACCUGUCGCAUGGGAUCUCUGGGUACUAGAGUAGGGGAGUAGGGGAGUGUGUAUGACAUAGUGACAAGCAAUUAACCGAAAUGUCUGUAAUUUUUUAGGUUUUAAACAACUAACUGACCAUUUUGUUUUUUGUUUUUCUGUGAGCUCAAUGCGCACAUUACACAGUUUCUCUAGAGUUAAAUAAUUAACUGUGCGAUGGAGUAGGGAGUUGUAGGUUCCAACAGGCCAAUAUUCUACAUAGUUUUGCACAUUUACAUUUUACAUUUUAUAUUUUAGUCAUUUAGCAGACGCUCUUAUCCAGAGCGACUUACAGUUAGUGAGUGCAUACAUUUUUCAUACUGGCCCCCCGUGGGAAACGAACCCACAACCCUGGCAUUGCAAGCGCCAUGCUCUACCAACUGAGCUACAGGGGUACACAUCUUGAUAUAUUGUCUGGCACUUCACGAUAUAUCGCCAAUGUCAAAUAUCAUGAUAUUCGAUUUAAUCAUACUGUAUAUCGUCCCAAUCCUAAAUGCGACAGUACAGAAUAUCACCUUUUCUUUAAUGGUAUUUUCAUACAUAUCUGUUUUACAGUUUAGAAAUUAAGGCACUUUAUGCAUCUAGUCCCCCCAUUGGAAGGUGUCAUAAGUAUUUGGACAAAUUAACUUAUAGUGUAUUCAAUUUAGUCAAAGGUUUAGUAUUUGGUCCCAUAUUCCUAGCACGCAAUGACUACAUCAGGCGUGUGACUCUGCAAACCUGUUGGAUGCAUUUGCAAUUUGUUUUGGUUGUGUUUCGAAUUAUGUUGUGCCCAAUAGAAUGAAUGGUAAAUCAUGUAUUGUUAUUUUGGAGUCACUUUUAAGCUUGAUGUAGUCAUUGCGUGCUAGGAAUAUGGGACCAAAUACGCAAUGUUUGACAAAAUGUAAUAAACCAUAAGUGAAUUUGUCCAAAUACUUAUGGCACCUUCAAAUGGGGGGACUAUGAAGUGCUUUCAUUUUUAAACAGUAAAACAUAUGUAUGAAAAUACCCUUAAAUAAAAGGUGACAUUCUGUGCUAUCAUGUAAACAUUUGAUCACAAAUCAAAAAAUAUAUAGAGCCAAAUUAAAAAAAUUAGCUUCACUGUCCAAAUAAACACGUAGGGGAGUGUAUCUGUUUGUUUGUGCAGUUUAUACAUGUUUUACUAGCUAAGAUAGCGUCAGAUGCACUUACGAGUCUAAUAUGUCCCUAUGGUGAAAUUUAACCAUCAGACUCUACACUAUAUAUACAGAAGUUUGUGGACACCCCUUCAAAUUAGUGGAUUCGGCUAUUUCAUCCACACCCGUUUCUGACAGGUGUAUAAAAUCAAGCACACAGCCUUGCAAUAUCCAUAGACAAACAUUGGCAGUAGAAUGGCCCCUACUGAAAAGCGCAGUGACAUUCAACAUGGCACCAUCAUAGGAUGCCACCUUUCCAACAAGUCACUUUUUUUUUUCUUUUCUUUUUUCCCUGCUAGAGCUGCCAUGGUCAACUGUAAGUGCUGUUAUUGUGAUGUGGAAACAUCUAGGAGCAACAACGGCUCAGCCGCAACGUGGUAGGCCACACAAGCUCACAGAACGAGACCGCCGAGUGCUGAAGCACGUAGUGCAUAAAAAUCGCCUGUCCUCGGUUGCAACACUCACUACCGAGUUCCAAACUGCCUGUGGAAGCAACGUCAGCACAAGAACUGUUCGUCGAGAGCUUCAUGAAAUGGGUUUCCAUGACCGAGCAGCUGCACACAAGCCUAAGAUCACCAUGCGCAAUGCCAAGCGUCGGCUGGAGUGGUGUAAAGCUUGCCACAAGUGAUGAAUCACGCUUCACCAUCUGGGUUUGGCGGAUGCCAGGAGAACGCUACCCAGCACAAUGCAUAGUGCCAACUGUAAAGUUUGGUUUGGGGCUGUUUUUCAUGGUUUGGCCUAGGGCCCUUAGUUCAAUUGAAGGGAAAUCUUAACGCUACAGCAUACAAUUACAUUCUAGACGAUUCUGUGCUUCCAAAUUUGUGGCAACAGUUUGGGGAAGGCCCUUUCCUGUUUCAGUAUGACAAUGCCAUAUUCCAUCCAUAUGAAUGCCCAUGAUUUUGGAAUGAGAUGUUCAACGAGCAGGUAUCCACAUACUUUUGGUCAUGUAGUGUAUCUACUGUAUAUAUUUUUUUUAUAUAUUUACAUUUACGUAAUUUAGCAGACGCUCUUAUCCAGAGCGACUUACAACAAAUUGGUGCAUUCAACUUAUGAUAGCCAGUGGGACAACCACUUUUUUUCUUCUUUUUUUUAUGGGGGGGUGGGGGAAGAAGGAUUACUUUAUACUAUAACAGGUAUUCCUUAAAGAGGUUGGGUUUCAAGUGUCUCCGGAAGGUGGUCAGUUACUCCGCUGUCCUGGCGUCGUGGGGGAGCUUGUUCCACCAUUGGGGUGACAGAGCAGCGAAUAGCUUUGACUGGGCUGAGCGGGAACUGUGCUUCCGUAGAGGUAGGGGAGCUAGCAGGCCAGAGGUGGAUGAACGUAGUGCCCUCGUUUUUUUUUUUCAUUUUUUUUUUCACCUUUAUUUAACCAGGUAAGCCAGUUGAGAACAAGUUCUCAUUUACAACUGCGACCUGGCCAAGAUAAAGCAAAGCAGUGCGAUAAAAACAACAACACAGAGUUACAUAUGGGGUAAAACAAAACAUAAAGUCAAAAAUACAACAGAAAAUAUAUAUACAAUGUGUGCAAAUGUAGCAAGUUAUGGAGAUAAGGCAAUAAAUAGGCCAUAGUGCAAAACAAUUACAAUUAGUAUUAACACUGGAAUGAUAGAUGUGCAAGAGAUGAUGUGCAAAUAGAGAUACUGGGGUGCAAAUGAGGAAAAUAAAUAACAAUAUGGGGAUGAGGUAGUUGGGUGGGCUAAUUUCAGAUGGGCUGUGUACAGGUGCAGUGAUCGGUAAGGUGCUCUGACAACUGAUGCUUAAAGUUAGUGAGGGAGAUAAGAGUCUCCAGCUUCAGAGAUUUUUGCAAUUCGUUCCAGUCAUUGGCAUCAGAGAACUGGAAGGAAUGGCAGCCAAAGGAGGUGUUGGCUUUGGGGAUGACCAGUGAGAUAUACCUGCUGGAGCGCAUACUACGGGUGGGUGUUGCUAUGGUGACCAAUGAGCUAAGAUAAGGCGGGGAUUUGCCAAGCAGUGAUUUAUAGAUGGCCUGGAGCCAGUGGGUUUGGCGACGAAUAUGUAGUGAGGACCAGCCAACAAGAGCGUACAGGUCACAGUGGUGGGUAGUAUAUGGGGCUUUGGUGACAAAACGGAUGGCACUUGUCACGCCCUGGCUCUGGGGACUAUGUUAUGUUGAGCCAGGGUAUGUAAGUCUAUGUUUGUAUAUCUAUGUGGGCCUGAGUGACUCCCAAUCAGAGGCAACGAGUGUCAGCUGGUUGUCUCUGAUUGGGAGCCAUAUUUAACUAUCGGUCUUUUCACUUUGUGUUGUGGUUUCUUGUUCCGUUAAGGUUUGUUCGUGUUGUAACCUUAGACGUCAUGCAUCGUUGGUUAUUGUUUUGAUCGUGUGAUCAGUUAAUAAAUAUAUAUUAUGUUCACCUUCAACGCUGCGCAUUGGUCCUCUCUCGUAGACGAUCGUGACAGCACUGUAAUAGACUACAUCCAAUUUGCUGAGUAGAGUGUUGGAGGCUAUUUUGUAAAUGACAUCGCCGAAGUCAAGGAUCGUAGGAUUAGUCAGUUUUACGAGGGCAUGUUUGGCAGCAUGAGUGAAGGAGGCUUUGUUGCGAAAUAGGAAGCCGAUUCUAGAUUUAACUUUGGAUUGGAGAUGCUCAAUGUGAGUCUGGAAGGAGAGUUUACAGUCUAACCAGACACCUAGGUAUUUGUAGUUGUCCACAUACUCUAGGUCAUACCCAUCGAGAGUAGUGAUUCUAUUCGGGUGGGCGGGUGCCAGCAGCGUUCGAUUGAUUGAUUGGGUGUAGGGUCUGAUCAGAGCCUGAAGGUAAGGAGGUGCCGUUCCCCUCACAGCUCCGUAGGCAAGCACCAUGGUCUUGUUGUAGAUGCAAGCCUCAACUGGAAGCCAGUGGAGUGUGCAGAGGAGCGGGGUGACAUGAGAGAACUUGGGAAGGUUGAACACCAGACGGGCUGCACGUUCUGGAUAAGUUGUAGGGGUUUAAUGGCACAGGCAGGGAGCCCAGCCAGCAGCGAGUUGCAGUAAUCCAGACGGGAGAUGACAAGUGCCUGGAUUAGGACCUUUGCCACUUUCUGUGUAAGGUAGGGUCGUACUCUGCGAAUGUUGUAGAGCAUGAACCUGCAGGAUCGGGUCACCGCUUUGAUGUUAGCAGAGAACGACAGGGUGUUGUCCAGGGUCACACCAAGGUUCUUAGCACUCUGGGAGGAGGACACAAUGGAUUUGUCAACCGUGAUGGCGAGAUCAUGGAGCGAGCAGUCCUUCCCCAGGAGGAAGAGCAGCUCUGUCUUGCCGAGGUUCAGCUUGAGGUGGUGAUCCGACAUCCACACUGAUAUGUCUGCCAGACAUGCAGAGAUACGAUUCGCCACCUGGUUAUCAGAAGGAGGAAAGGAGAAAAUGAAUUGUGUGUCGUCUGCGUAGCAAUGAUAGGAGAGACCAUGUGAGGAUAUGACAGAGCCAAGUGACUUGGUGUAUGGAGAGAAUAGGAGAGGGCCUAGAACUGAGCCCUGGGGGACACCAGUGGUGAGAGCACGUGGUGCGGAGACAGAUUCUUGCCACGCCACCUGGUAGGAGCGAUCUGUCAGGUAGGACGCAAUCCAAGAGUGAGCAGCGCCGAAGAUGCCCAACACGUAGAGGGUGGAGAGGAGGAUCUGAUGGUUCACAGUAUCAAAGGCAGCGGAUAGGUCUAGAAGGAUAAAAGCAGAGGAGAGAGAGUUAGCUUUAGCAGUGCGGAGAGCCUCCGUGACACAGAGAAGAGCAGUCUCAGUUGAAUGACCAGUCUUGAAACCUGACUGGUUUGGAUCAAGAAGGUCAUUCUGAGAGAGAUAGCAGGAGAGUUGGCUAGAGACGGCACACUCAAGAGUUUUGGAGAGAAAAGAAAGAAGGGAUACUGGUCUGUAGUUGUUGACAUCGGAGGGAUCGAGUGUAGGAUUUUUGAGGAGGGGUGCAACUCUCGCUCUCUUGAAGACGGAAGGGACAUGGCCAGCGGUCAAGGAUGAGUUGAUGAGUGAGGUGAGGUAAGGGAGAAGGUCUCCGGAAAUGGUCUGGAGAAGAGAGGAGGGGAUAGGGUCAAGCGGGCAGGUUGUUGGGCGGCCGGCUGUCACAAGUCGCAAGAUUUCAUCUGGAGAGAGAGGGGAGAAAGAAGUCAAAGCAUAGGGUAGGGCAGUGUGAGGAGGACCAGCGGUGUCAUUUGACUUAAUAAAUGAGGAUCGGAUGUCGUCAACCUUCUUUUCAAAAUGGUUGACCAAGUCAUCCACAGAGAGGGAGGAGGGAAGGGGAGGAGGAGGAGGAUUCAGCAGGGAGGAGAAGGUGGCAAAGAGCUUCCUAGGGUUAGAGGCAGAGGCUUGAAAUUUAGAGUGGUAGAAAGUGGCUUUAGCAGCAGAAACAGAGGAAGAGAAUGUAGAGAGGAGGGAGUGAAAAGAUGACAGGUCCGCAGGGAGUCUAGUUUUCCUCCAUUUCCGCUCGGCUGCCCGGAGCCCUCUUCUGUGAGCUCGCAAUGAGUGGUCAAGCCACGGAGCAGGAGGGGAGGACCGAGCCGGCCGGGAGGAUAGGGGACAUAGAGAGUCAAAAGAUGCAGAAAGGGAGGAGAGGAGGGUUGAGGAGGCAGAAUCAGGAGAUCGGAGGGAGAAGGAUUUAGCAGAGGGAAGAGAUGAUAGGAUGGAAGAGGAGAGAGUAGCGGGAGAGAGAGAGCGAAGGUUGCGACGGCACAUUACCAUCUGAGUAGGGGCAGAGUGAGUAGUGUUGGAGGAGAGCGAGAGAGAAAAGGAUACAAAGUAGUGGUCGGAGACUUGGAGGGGAGUUGCAGUGAGAUUAGUAGAAGAACAGCAUCUAGUAAAGAUGAGGUCAAGCGUAUUGCCUGCCUUGUGAGUAGUGGGGGGACGGUGAGAGGGUGAGGUCAAAAGAGGAAAGGAGUGGAAAGAAGGAGGCAGAGAGAAAUGAGUCAAAGGCAGACAUAGGGAGGUUAAAGUCACCCAGAACUGUGAGGGGUGAGCCAUCCUCAGGAAAGGAACUUAUCAAGGCGUCAAGCUCAUUGAUGAUCUCUCCAAGGGAACCUGGAGGGCGAUAAAUGACAAGGAUGUUAAGCUUGAAUGGGCUAGUGACAGUGACAGCAUGGAAUUCAAAUGAGGAGAUAGACAAAAUGGUCAGGGGAAAAAGAGAGAAUGUCCACUUGGGAGAGAUGAGGAUUCCUGUGCCACCGCCGCGCUGACCAGUAGAGCAGUAGGAGUAGCAGUGUUUUCUGUGGUAAUCCAUGUUUCCGUCAGCGGCAAAAAGUCGAGGGACUGGAGGGUAGCAUAGGCUGAGAUGAACUCUGCCUUGUUGGCUGCAGAAUGGCAGUUCCAGAGGCUGCCGGAGACCUGGAACUCCACGUGGGUCGUGCGCGCAGGGACCACCAGAUUAGAGUGGCAGCAGCCACGCGGUGUGAAGCGUUUGUAUGGCCUGUGCAGAGAGGAGAGAACAGUGAUAGACAGACACAUAGUUGACAGGCUACAGAAAACGGCUACAAUAAUGCAAAGGAGAUCGGAAUGAAAUGAACUAAACUGGGAAAGCGAGAGAGCAGGGCCUCCCUCACUUACGUUUCACUGAAACACUCAAAUAUAACUCUCCCAACUUCCACUUUAGAAAUUAUAAUUGUUGUUAACUACAGUGGUUCAAUGUUUUCUAGGAAUAGACUCUAACUUAGUUUAUUCAGCUAGCUAACUUGGUACAGUAUUCUUCUGUGAAAACCGUCCAGGGCACCGAAUCCUAUGACGCCAUAGCCAACUAGCAUGCCAGCCUCCAAUAACACGGUUUAGCACCAAUACUCGGUUACAACAAACCACCAGUGUGUUAACACGCCAAACAGAUCAUUCGUGUCCGUGUCUAACGUUGUGUAAAGUUUUGGGUUAGUUUUGACAGUUUGAGUGAGUACGUUGUCAACUUAUUCAGCCAGUUAGUUAGCUAGAAUAGUUAGCAUACUAGCUAGCCAUUGCUCUCUGCCAACGAACCAACCCCUCCUCCCACGGCACGAAACACACAGAGAGAGCCAAGCUAACGUUAACUAGUCACCCAUGUCCCGAAUUCCCUUGAACGACUCUGGUUACCAGCAUGUAAAAACAAAAAUAAAUGUAGGUUAUAACUUACCCUUAGUAGCUACUGUUAGCCAGUUAAGUGCAAAGUCUGUCCCAACGGAGAGAAAGCAUCUCCAAAUAUUAUAGCUAGGUCGUUCCAGCUAUUGUUUAGUUAGCUAUCCAGGUAGCAACAAGCUAGCUACAUUUCGAGUACAGUAGCUACUAACUACCUAACGUUAACGCUUCAGAUAAUGUGGUUAGAAAAACAGCUGAAUGGUAGGUAGGUAGCUGGCAUAAUUACAGGGAAUCUUACGCGGGAAAUAACAUUGGAAACAACUAUCCACAGUUGCUAAUAGUUACCAGUAGCUACCCGCUAGCUAGCUAGCCUCGUGCUUCACCGGGCUCAUGCCGAAUACAAUACUUACCUACAAUAAUGACCUACAAUAACCUACAAUAACUACCUAGAUAAACUACCUACAAUACCUAACUACAAUACCUACCUACAAUCUAAAUACAUGGUUUAAGCUUUACUCGACACUAUAUAAGAAGCCAAGCUUACCUCCCGCUAGAGAAACACAACCUCACCCGACCAGUAUCCACCGCGCGUGGAUAUCGGGGAUAAGAGAUGCUUUCAGUAUUUCUUCACCCAAACAGUCGCUGAUAUUGACCUAAGAGUCUGAGGUGACCACAGGUGGGCCAGGCUGUCUGAUUUGAAGGGACUAUAUAUUUAUUUUUAUAAGGAUUUGAGAAAUUCUCCCACGACCCCUUUUUGGUUAUGUAGUGUAUGUCCCACUGGUGAAGCUCCUGGAACGAAAUACAAUUUAAGUUUUACAAGUUCCCUUAUAUCUGGUCCCAGAUCUGUUCGUGCUGUACUCCUAAGGUCAUUGGAACUUGGCGAGACAGCACAAACAGAUCUGGGAUCAGUCAUAAGGGACCUACAGUAUGUCUGGGAUAUGUCUCUUUUCUGCCUUUUAUGUAGUAUGCUUUUUUUAUCUCAACAAUCCUGUUUGCUUCUAGCAUUGUCCCAGAUCGUAUCUAGGAGUUAGUUUAGCCAAUUUAUCUGACUUCGUGUUACAUAAAUGUACAGUUGCAAAAUUCUAGUAACUUUAACAGUUUGUUCCAAUUCCUGCUUAUUCCAUCUUGAACCAGGAAUUUAUCAACCAGGAUUUCUGGGAAACUGGGGAAUUUUGGGAACGUGUUUUUUUUUGUUGCAACCCUACAGUACACAGUCACAUAGUCUCCGAAUCCCAGACAACAGCAGUGAUUAGGGUGUGGGAUUUAUGACGGACUUGUUCCAGGGAGGGUCCUCUUCAGACAGACGACUCUCCCAACAAAUCACGAGGCUGAAAAACCCCCUCUAUUUCCUCUCUUUCUCUCUCCUCUAUCUCUCACUCCAUCCAUCAUACUCCUGGUAGCAAGUUGUACAUGUGGUCAUAAUAAUACUGACAUCACUAUGAAAUAAACAAUCCUCCACUCUUUCCUCUCUCUUCCUCUCAUGUAUUCUAAAUCCUCUCUCUCUGUCUCUCUCUCUCUCUCUCUCUCUCUCUCUCUCUCUCUCUCUCUGUCGCUCUGUCUCUCACUCUCUGUCUCUCACUCUCUGUCUCUCACUCUCUCUCUCUCUCUCUCUCUCUCUCUCUCUCUCUCUCUCUCUCUCUCUCUCUCUCUCUCUCUCUCUCUCUCUCUCUCUCUGUCUCUCUGUCUCUGUCUCUCUCUCUCUGUCUCUCACUCUCUCUCUCUCUGUCUCUCUCUCUUUCUCUCCCCCACCUGUCUUCUUUCUCUUGUAUUAUCUCUCUCCCCUCUCGUCUAUUAUCUCUCUUUCUCUCUCAAUCUCCCCCUUCAUUGUCAUCCUCCUCUCCCCUCUUCUCCCUCUCCAUUAUCACACUAUUUGCUGUGUAAAUGUGUCUGUGGCAUUAGUAGAAAGGUCAUCUGUUGAGUCGUUCCCCAGUGGAGAAGGGCGGCCUGUCUAAACUGCCUGAGAUGUGGGGUGUGUCGCAAAUGGCAUCCUAUUCUCUAUAUAGUGCACUAGUUUUGAACAGGGCCCAUAAGGAAAUAGGUUGCCAUUGGGGAUGUAACGUGACCUUCCUGUAGAGAAGGUCUAUGGAGGCUUCGAACGGUAGCACUGUGCUCUAUGGUCCUUAGGGAGUUAGUAUUUCUAUGAAUAAUAGUGUGGCGAUGGUCCUUAGGGUUGUAGUAUCUAUGAAUACUAUCUGUGAGAGUCAAACGUCGCAUAACCUUGUGACAUUGAUUGAUGUGGGUAGGGAUAGGGGGAUGGAUGGAUGGAGGCAACCGUCUCCCCCAUCACUGCGGCUCCUCGUCCAAUCAGAGAGAGAGAACUGUGUCACACCACAGCCACGCCCUUCAUGUUUGGCUGGCUGGGGAUGAUGUCACGUUCCGAUUGGAUCAUCAUCCUUCAAAGUCAAGAACAUGUACAGGAAUUAAAGUUACACGGAGCCUGUAGGCAAAAGCCAAGUGAAGUCUAUCAGAAGUCUUUAAAUGCUUUUACCACAGGCCCCAACUGAAAUUAAUGUCUCUACUGAUGUAGCAGGAAAUGCUCAUGUAUUUCACUAAUGGGCCUCCCCAUGUGUAACAUGCAUGUUUAUCGAGUCUCCUUAAUAAUUUAACUGCAGAUUAGUCGAUAAGUGGGGGUAGGUUGCGCAUGGUGGGUUGUGUGUGUGUGUGUGUGCUCACGCACGCGUGUGUGUUUGUACUGAUAAGACACGGCAGAUUCAAAUGGAACACUGUGGUUUAAUAUUGAUGAAGAUUAGAUGAAGCCUACAGCUCAGCCGAAUCCAAAAACAUUAUUUUAUGUUCUGUUUCUAUCAGUGGUGCAGCGGGUAUAGUUUAGGAUGUGAUAAUCCUCAUUUGUGGCCUUAGCUAAAUUAAUUAAUUAAGCAGUGUGGGUGGGUGGGUGGGUGGGUGUGUGUGCGGGUGUGUAUCUGCGCGUGUGUGUAUGUGUGUGUAAUGGUGAAUUGGACAUAUGGGUAUAAUAAGCAGGAUGAUCGUGAUGCUCUGCUCCAACAUUCUGCCAGACGAGGCUAAUUUACAGCAUUCAGCUUGAUAAUAAGUGGGGAUUAGAAUAUAAGUCUCUCUUUGAUUCUCUCUUCUUUAGCUACUGGUAUGGUCUGGUAAGCCUACUCUGGAAAAGCACGUAAUGUACUGUAAUGAUUUUCAGUCAAUAAAUGCGCGAGGAAAAAAAACUGCACUCGCACAUCUGAGUUGGCUUGUGGGAAUAACCUGAUGAAAUCUCUUGCCAGUAUCACUAAGGUUGUCUAUAAAUGCAUAAUAAAGUAGUUGCCUAUUCUUCUGUUUUAUGCUCCUCCGCUAAUGGUUUUGUAGGCCCUUAACCAGACUUAACCCAAUGGGCACAGAUGUCAUUUCAAUGUCUAACACUAGAACCGCUGGGCCUCGAGGGACGCCCCUUCAAGCUAAAGAGCAGUCAUUCUGACUGCAACAUUCUAACAGUGUCAUUAAUACAUUUCGUAUAUGCUAUCGCUAAAAUAAUCGUUUGGUUGUGUUCAUGAAGGUGUUAGGUAACAUUAGAAUAUCAUUUUUCUUUUAUUUCAAAUAACAAAAUAGCGUUUUCAUUAGUUUGUUACUGUAGGCUAUAUGUAAAAACACAAAAAACACCAAUUCAACUGGUCAAUACAUUAUAUUGCCUUUGUUACAACUAUGAAACAGAAAGCAUAUGUGUUGGUACACGGUAACAGCUUCUUUUUUAUAAAGUUUUUUAUUUUUUACAAAAUACCCCAACCACAAAGACGCAUGGUUGUCAAAACGCACGGUCAAAUGAUGAAAACAGUAGCCCAAACAUCAUAAGCGCCAAGUGUGCUUGAUAAAUAGUGAAAAUCAGCACAAAAGCAGUAAGGGUAUUAUAAUGAAUAUAAGUGUCAAUAUGACAGCAGUCAAAAAUAGUCAAUUAUUGUCAGCUCGUGUUUAAAUUGUCUGUUUUCACACAAUGGCAUCAGUCGGAUUUCAUUUAGCUGUCAAACACGUCGCUUGCAGGUGACACCGGUGUCUUGGGUUCUGUUCUUUGUGCAGAUGGCCACCAGUCACUGUCUUUUCCCUGGGAGCUAUGCGCAAUUUGGCUCGCAUGGAAUCUUUGCUGCUGCCUUGGCCCUCAUAUGUCUCUCAUGUAGCCAGUAUGCCAGACUCAUGAUGACGUCUCUCCUGGGCAUGGUGUUGUUGAUGCACUGCGUUGAUAGCAGCCCAAGUCAGGCAUGUUGUAGAACACAGCAACAGGCCAGCAGCGGGUGUCUCCUUUCACAGAGUACAGCCAUGCCAUCUGAUCCAAAACAUCCUCCCCAACCUAUGGAACAGAAUAUAGUAGAAAACAUUAGGAUUCUUUUCCCAUAGGAAAAACAACACGUGUUAUACAGAAGAGCAUAAUGCAUUGCAUACGUUUACCUAUAUAUGGCAAUGCGUAUUAUGUAAUAUUGACAUACCUUUGUUUGGUUGUAGUGCAUAAUAGUAUAUGGUUUUCUCUUUAUUCUGUCCUGUCAAUGGCAAUUGUCGGAUGCGUGGUGCUCAUGACAGAAACGUACUUUCUUGCCUUGCAUUGGUAUAGUGUUUGUGUCGUCUUGUCGUUCUUUAGCACCGUUGUGGAGUACGACAGCUGUGCAGGUGCCUCAUUUUGCGCAGACGGAGGAAGCUCCCAUCUCACUUUGUUCAUGGUGUCGACUAGGCUUGUUUUCUUUGCAGUACUUGUUCGCCAAUGACAGUGAAGUGAAGAAAUUGUCCAUGGUGACAUUUCUCACCUGCUGCCCGAUGUGGAUCUUUUCCGAAUCGGCGCCGACCCUUCCUCUUCUCCUAUCUCUCGUUUCAUUCGGUGGUUGCGCUGGCACCUGCUCAGUGCGUACCGUUCUAGCUUUUUUUGCGCUUAGGCCUCAGAGGUGUAGGUUCAGGCUGAGGCUCAGAAUGAGAAGAAUAAUCAGAUGUCAUGAUUCUUCCCCACCAUCUGAGUCGUUUUCAUUCAGAUCUUGUAGCAGCGCUAACGCAGCAUGUGCAUCCAUUCCUCUUGGUCUUCUUGCCAUUGUACAUUACAGACUCUCUCACUGUGUACUCCAAGUAGGCCAGAGUAGACUGAUAAGACUGCUUGGAUUUGGUGGACUGAUAUAGGGUACAUAUCAUUUUGAGGUUAUGAUUAGAAUCGAUCAAUACAAUAGAAUGGCCCUCUGUUCUUCAUUCACAAUUGGUGAUUACAUAAUUAUGCAUUGUUCGCUUCCCCUCGCUCAUCAACUCACCCAUUCUCUCCCUUUCCCAUCAUACUUUACUUAAUUUAUUUAAUCUGUUGUUGCAUGUGUGAAAUUAGUUUCGGUAUAGUUUAGGUUCAGUUUCGAGGCAAUUAUUAGGGUGAUUAUCAACUGGCCACUACACCUUCCAAUGUUGGGAGAAGGAGCGGAGCAGGCCCUACUGUCGGGAGAAGGAGGGGCAAUGGGGAAAAACCAUUCAAAUAAUGACAUGCCCUCCUAAAACUGGUUAUAACUCCAGUUCUGUUUGUGAUAUUAAGAUACUAACAAUGGCAAUGUGUUAUAUAGACUUAUUUAGAAAAAGUCAAGGACGGAGUGGGGCAUGACUUUAAAAAAUGGCUGAGUAAUAAAAUAAAUAAAUGAAUGAGCAGUCAAAAUGACUGCUUUAGCAGUUCUAGUGUUAAUGGUUGAGAUACAGUUGUGAAUCAACAUUCAUUCAAUGUGGGGUUAACUAAACGUUGAAGCCAUGCCUCUAAAAGCUUGGUUAAAGGCUAGAUUUAAAAAAUGCUGUAGGUCGGUGACUUGGAGAUCCAAUUUGUUAUCGACAUUGAUACAAUGUACCAGUUGUGUACCAUUGCAAUAACGUGGAAACAACGGUGAUUUACAGAUGUACCAGUGGGCGGGCACACGCACAUACACACAAACACACACACACACACACACUGUUUCAACUCUGUGGGUGGAAAUGAGUCAGUAAGAUCCUAAAUUUAACGAAUGACAUUCUAUUUGCAUGCUGUUUUGUUUUUUACCCUGUCAUUUGUCACACAUAACAGAAUGCUUAAGAUAGCAACCCAGAGUCAUGUUCAUUAGGCACGAAUCGGGAAAAAAUUAUCCAAACUGAAGUGAAACAGGGAGGUAUUUUCUGACCUUGUUCAAUAAGAAUGGCUCGUUUUCAUUUUCUGUUGCACAGAGUUUUGCUACGAUGGGCCCUAAUGAACAUAGCCCAGACCUAAACCCCCCAAAGAGUAAGCCCAGGGCGACAGCAGCUGCAGUGAGAAACUCCCUGUAGUCUAUAUGAAUAUCAAAGCUCCGCUCUCAGUGAGUUUUCAGAGAUGAAAAUGUGUGUCCCAAAUGGCACCGUUUUCCCUAUGUACUGCACUACUUUUGACAAGGGCCCAUAGGGCUCCGGUUAAAAGUAGUGCACUACAUAAGGAAUAGGAUGUCAUUUGGGACACAGCCAGAGAUGGUAGGAGCGAUGGGAUGUCUGUAAUUGUCUGACACUUGACUGUGAGAGAGAUGGAGAGAUGGAGAUCUACCAUGGAGCGGAGGUGUGUGUGUGUGUGUGUGUGUGUGUGUUUGGUAUUUAUGUUUUGGUGUGUGUCUUAUAUCUCCAUCAGCAGUUGAUUAUCUCACUCUAGCUGACCUCUCUCUCCCUAUCCCCCUCCCCUCUUCUCACCUAGAUGCCAAGUCCUGCCCGAAAAGCAAAUUCCAGUGCGCCAACCGCAAGUGCCUGGCACCCAUCUACGUGUGCGAUGGCGAUGACGACUGCGACGACGGCUCUGACGAACUAAAAUGCUCCUCCCGCAACUCGCCAACGACCACCUGCGGUCCGCACGAGUUCCGCUGCAACACCUCAGAGUGCGUACCCGUCAUGUGGAGCUGUGACGGCGACCCCGACUGCCCCGACGGCUCUGACGAGUGGCCGGAGCGUUGUGGGGGUGAAGGGUCGCAACCGCGACGCAGGGUGAACUGUACGGUGGAGGAGUUUCGGUGCGCCAACGGGGAGUGUGUGAGGCUGGCGUGGAAAUGUGACGGGGAUCCGGACUGCAAGGAUAAGUCAGACGAGGCGGAUUGUCGUAAGUGAAUGGAAGUGUUUUUUCUCUCUCUUAGAUACAUAUUAGGCCUUUUUACACAGAAUGAUUCUUAGCCCCGGGCUAUCCCAUUGCUCCAGUCUAAGACUUAUCCCAUAUUCACACAAGCAUUUCUAAACCCUGGGCUAACAGACAAACACAACACACAAUCAAUGUUACAUUCUAUGUAUAGUCCUUCAUGGGCAUUACAUUUAAGCCUUACCCGCACCCGCGACCGACGUUCAAGCCCUGUCCGAACCCGAAAUCAGAAACACGCUAACUUCCUCUGUUUCCCGCUCCUCACCGGCCCCCCCUGCUCUGCCUGUUUGGGUAACCAUAGCAACGGCUCCUCUUUGUGCCGCUCCUCAAGCUAAGCGGCGUGUGAACGCACCUGUACAUACACCUACACAUCACUGAGAUCCAGAGCAAAGCCCAUAUACACUUACUUUCACAGACACGUGUAACAGAGUUGAAUGGAACUGUAACCUCACUCCCCAGCUUGAACUGUUUCCACUUGCGCUGUCGAAUUGAUACCUUUUCGGUGGCGCAACUGGCUAAGACGUUGUCAAGCAGGCGGUCACGUGUUUACAUUUGUGUUUAUUUAUUGUUAUUAUUAUUGGCCCAGCCACGCUUUUCGGGGGACUAAAGUAACAUUAUUUUACAUUUGUGUUUUUUUACAGCUAUUUUAUAUACAUUAUUCAUACAUUUGACAUACAUUAUACUUUUAUACACAGUAUUACAUGACAGAAAUAUAGUUUGAUAUACACAUUAAAAGGUACUCAUAUAUGGUAUACAUGAUAUAUGGUGUUUUCGAUUUUAGAUCAUGACCUUUUAAUCCCAGCCCUCAGCUAAUCUCAGCCAAUCCCAUCGAUCUCCGCAGACCACCCUCUUGAUUUCCAUGUGCUUUAUAUUUGGGAUGUCUUGCAUGAAUUCUGAACAUUUCUAAUAGUAUCCACAGAUUAUAAAUGAAAGAUGAAUAUUUUUGCUAAGAGUAUUAUUAUAUUAAUUUAUUGACUAUGGCUUUGCAAAUCGCCCAACAGUGCUAUUUGUAGGGUUCGUUUUAAGGGAAUGUUGUGAUUUUUCAGCCACUCCUGAACUUGUGAGCAGAAACAAGCUAGAAGGAGGCAUUACCAAAUUAUGGAUAGUCCUGAAUGAAUCGUUAAUAAUGAUGAGUGAGAAAGUUACAGAGGAAAGUUAUAGACACAUAAAGAUCAUACCCCCAAGAUAUGCUAAAUUCUCACGAUUACAAAAUUGGGGGAGGUUCGCAAUUUCUUUGGGGGGGGUAUGAUAUUUGUGCAUCUGUAACUUUCUCACUCAUCAUUAUUAACGAUUCAUUCAGGAUUAUCCGUAAUCAUGGUAGCAUCCACAUUAAUGUAGAAGUGUUUAGAAACAUAUUCUAUUCUUAUUUACAAUAAAAGUGACACUAAAAUAACACAAUACAUUAUUUACCAUUCAUUUCUAUAGGACACAAAGGAAUCUGAAAUGCAACCAAAACAAACAGCAAAUGCAUCCAACAAGUUUGUGGAGUCACAAGCUUGACGUAAUCAAUGCGUGCUAGGAAUAUGAAACUUUUGACUACUUUAAUACACAUUUAAGUGAAUUUGUCCCAAUACUUUUGUUCCCCUAAAACGAAGGGACUAUGUACAAAAAGUGCUGUAGUAUGGAUUAAAAUACCCUCAAAUUAAAGCUGAAAGUCGGCACUUUAACCUCAUAGUCAUGGUAUCAUUUCAAAUCUAGUGCCCACGCUACAGACAGCUACAGUGGGGAGAACAAGUAUUUGAUACACUGCCGAUUUUGCAGGUUUUCCUACUUACAAAGCAUGUAGAGGUCUGUAAUUUUUAUCAUAGGUACACUUCAACUGUGAGAGACAGAAUCUAAAAAAAAAAAAAUCCCGAAAAUCACAUUGUAUGAUUUUUAAGUAAUUCAUUUGCAUUUUAUUGCAUGACAUAAGUAUUUGAUCACCUACCAACCAGUAAGAAUUACGGCUCUCACAGACCUGUUAGUUGUUCUUUAAGAAGCCCUCCUGUUCUCCACUCAUUACCUGUAUUAACUGCACCUGUUUGAACUCGUUACCUGUAUAAAAGACACCUGUCCACACACUCAAUCAAACAGACUCCAACUUCUCCACAAUGGCCAAGACCGGAGAGCUGUGUAAGGACAUCAGGGAUAAAAUUGUAGACCUGCACAAGGCUGGGAUGGGCUACAGGACAAUAAGCAAGCAGCUUGGUGAGAAGGCAACAACUGUUGGCGCAAUUAUUAGAAAAUGGAAGAAGUUCAAGAUGACGGUCAAUCACCCUCGGUCUGGGGCUCCAUGCAAGAUCUCACCUCGUGGGGCAUUAAUGAUCAUGAGGAAGGUGAGGGAUCAGCCCAGAACUACACGGCAGGACCUGGUCAAUGACCUGAAGAGAGCUGGGACCACAGUCUCAAAGAAAACCAUUAGUAACACACUACGCCGUCAUGGAUUAAAAUCCUGCAGCGCACGCAAGGUCCCCCUGCUCAAACCAGCGCAUGUCCAGGCCCGUCUGAAGUUUGCCAAUGACCAUCUGGAUGAUCCAGAGGAGGAAUGGGAGAAGGUCAUGUGGUCUGAUGAGACAAAAAUAGAGCUUUUUGGUCUAAACUCCACUCGCCGUGUUUGGAGGAAGAAGAAGGAUGAGUACAACCCCAAGAACACCAUCCCAACCGUGAAGUAUGGAGGUGGAAACAUCAUUCUUUGGGGAUGCUUUUCUGCAAAGGGGACAGGACGACUGCACCGUAUUGAGGAGAGGAUGGAUGGGGCCAUGUAUCGCGAGAUCUUGGCCAACAACCUCCUUCCCUCAGUAAGAGCAUUGAAGAUGGGUCGUGGCUGGGUCUUCCAGCAUGACAACGACCCGGAACACACAGCCAGGGCAACUAAGGAGUGGCUCCGUAAGAAGCAUCUCAAGGUCCUGGAGUGGCCUAGCCAGUCUCCAGACCUGAACCCAAUAGAAAAUCUUUGGAGGGAGCUGAAAGUCUGUAUUGCCCAGCGACAGCCCCGAAACCUGAAUGAUCUGGAGAAGGUCUGUAUGGAGGAGUGGGCCAAAAUCCCUGCUGCAGUGUGUGCAAACCUGGUCAAGACCUACAGGAAACGUAUAAUCUCUGUAAUUGCAAACAAAGGUUUCUGUACCAAAUAUUAAGUUCUGCUUUUCUGAUGUAUCAAAUACUUACGUCAUGCAAUAAAAUGUAAAUGAAUUACUUAAAAAUCAUACAAUGUGAUUUUCGGGAUUUUUGUUUUAGAUUCCGUCUCUCACAGUUGAAGUGUACCUAUGAUAAAAAUUACAGACCUCUACAUGCUUUGUAAGUAGGAAAACCUGCAAAAUCGGCAGUGUAUCAAAUACUUGUUCUCCCCACUGUAUAUCGGUCCGCUAAUACAGGGGGCACUGCAGGACCCUCAGCUCCCCUACUUCACGCAGCUAUGCCCAACACUAGUUGCUAGGCAACCCAUUAAUGUCCUUGAGCGUUUAAAAGCCCUUGAAUAAUAUCGAGGUCUUGGGUUUGACAAGAAAGCCAGGGCUGGGGAGAACGUCAUAUCACUGUGUCUCUGUGGCACUUUUGGCCCACCACACUAUCACUGGUGUGGUGGUCAUAUAGCGUUAUUCAAAGUGACUGGUAACUUACACGUAUAUAUUAUUCAUUAUUAUGUGGCCCGUGCUUUUGAAUAAUAAUGAGAUCUUCAGUUUUGACAAGAAAGCCAGAGCCAUCGCUGUGUCUCCGUGUGUCCCUUUUGGCCACAGCGAGUUUAUUGGUCGCGGACACCGUUUUGCAGAUGUUAUCGCAGGUGCAGCGAAAUGCUUAUGUUUCAAGCUCCAACAGUGCAGCAAUAUCUAGCAAUACAAUAACAAUACACACAUAAUCCAAAAAGAAGUCAUAUCAGAACGAGUUCAAGCUACACUGUUAUUGUAUUAUGAUGGAGCACACAUAUUGCUUGUAGUACAUUCAGUAGUAGUACAGUGUACUGUAUGUGUAAACUGUAUGCACUGUAUUCUCUGUAUGUUGCCAGACAGACAGACAAGAAUCAAACCCACAACUCAGUGUUUCCCCUAGCUAGAUUAUUUUCCAGGCGGGGCGCUAUAUCUAGGUCCUCUUCAACCAACGUUUUUAAUUAAAGACAAAUGAGCGCCUAGACUAAACAAUGGUAGGAGAAACACUGCCACCCACAACUCUGUUGUUGCGUUGCAUAACCCUGCUGAGCUACCUGAUUCCACUAUUGGUACAGUAUCUACAGUAUGAUUCAAUAAUGUGGAGAGGCAUUCCCAGCCGCUGUCCUGUCUCUGUAUGAGAGUGUGUUUUAGUGGUGGCGCAGCACUAGAUUAGUGGGCCUUAAUCAGAUCCCGCCGCUGCUAAAUUUACAUUUACGUCAUUUAGCAGACACUCUUAUCCAGCACGACUUACAGUAGUAGUGAGGGCAUACAUUUUCAUUAUGGAUAUAAAUGAAUAUAGGGGAAACACUGUAUAUUGUUUAUAGAUCUCCUCUUCUAAGCCUGUAGUCUAGUUACAAUGUUUAUCCAACUCUCUCUCCAUCCUGUGUGUGUGUGUGUGUGUGUUUGUGUGUCCAUGUGCUACAGCUCUGCUGACGUGCCGCCCAGAUGAAUUCCAGUGUGGCGACGGCGCCUGUAUCCACGGCACCAAGCAGUGUAACAAGGUCCACGACUGUCCUGACCAGAGUGACGAGGCAGGCUGUGUCAACGGUAGGAAGGCAGUUUCAUGUCUGGGCUAGGGAAUUAAUGGCGACUGUGGGGGGUGGACUCUGCUCUGCUCUGGCCUCCAUCUUGAGGCAGGAUAUCGGUCACCUGUCUGUCUGUGGCUGGCUGGAUGGAUGGAUGACAAUGUCUGGCUGGAUGGAUGGAUGACAAUGUCUGGCUGGUUGUGUGUGUGUGGCUGGUUGGCUGGCUGGAUUUCGGGCUGGAUGUCUGGAUGGCCGUCUGCUUGGCUGGUUGUCUGUCUGGUUGUUUGACUGGCUGGCUGUCUGUUUGGCUGUCUCUGUCUGUCUGUUUAUGUAUCUGUCUGGCUGGCUGCUUGUGUCUGUUUGUCUGGCUGGCUGUUUGGCCAACUUCCUGACUGGCAGGCUUUAUGUCUGGCUGACCUUUUGUCUGUCUGUCUGUACCUGUCUGACUGCUUCUCUGUGUAUGUCUUCCUGGCUACCUGUCUGUCUGCCUGUCUGUAGUAAAACUAUUUCCCCAUCUCUUCCUGCAACAGCCACUAAGUGUGAGGGGCCCCUGAAGUUCCUGUGUAAGAACGGAGAGUGUAUCGACAGCACUAAGGUGUGUGACAACGUCAAGGACUGCAAGGACCGCUCCGAUGAGCCCAAGAAGGAGUGUGGUAAGGACGCGCGCACACACACACAUUUUAAAUAUGUUUUUUUGAAUCCACAAAUCACAUUACAGUCGAAGGAUUCAAACAUCUCAAAGAUGGCGGAUAUAGCACACUUAUGUACCUUCUUCUCCAUACAGCAAGGCUGACACAUAGCAGUACCUUGCUAGCUGCUUUGCCUUUGUCUUAUGCAGGCCUGCAAUCUGAAGGCCACACACUGUCAGCCUAUGUACAUGACCGGGACUGCCAAAUAUCAUUACCACAAGUUUGCACUCAUACCCAAAGCUGUUCAGGCAUGACAUAAAGGGGCUGGUAUUUCAGUCUGUUCCAUGUAGGAUAAAAACACAAACACACAUACUGAGAGGGUCCUCUUCAAAGGGAUUAUGGCCACUUUCCAUCCAAUCCCUGCUCAAUAGCCACUCACCCAUUGCUCCUAAUGGGCUCAACCUUUCGUGUAGUAGAGGACUGGAGUGAUCUGUGAACAGUGGGUGUGUUUGUGUGCAUGUGUGCGCGUGUGUGUGUGAGAGAGGUAAAGAAACUGUGUGUCUGUCUUCUGUCUCUCCCUUUGUAACUCUCCCUGUAUCUCACCUCUCUCAGGGUAAGGAUAAAAUACAGGUGCCUCGUGGUGUAGCGCCUGGCCUAAUUGUUACUUUCCCUGGUUGUAGUAGGACUUACAGACAGUGAGACAGACAGUUCCUGCGUCCCAAAUGGCACCCGAUUCUCUAUACAGCGCACUGCUUUUGACCAAGGUUUAUUUUGUCUUAUUAUGCCUCUAUUUCUUCCAAAAUAAAGUUUCCUUGACAGAAUAAUAAUUAUCCUCUUUGACUGUGCUUUUUUGGCUUCAGUUGUAGUUCUUACUUUCACUUAUUUGGCAUGCUUGCCCUCCCAAAGUGGUUGACUUGUUGUGCUUAGGGUUUGGGCAGUAUCCAUAUAUAUGCAUAGCUGAGCUGGAUAUAAUUUAUUUGACACAUCUUAGAUUUCUUAUAGUUAUACUUAACUUAUAGUUAGUUAUAAGCAGUGGUGUAGCACGCACCCCCAUUUUUUAAAACGAUAUUGAAAAUCAUACUGUCUGUAUUUGGAAAUACACCGGUAUACUGUAUAAACGGUAUAUCGCCCAAACCUAGUUGUGGUAGCUAGGUUCAUCCUCCUGGUUCAUAUUUUCUACCCACAACUGGUGUGCAUGGCCAGUACGGCAUCGGUAAAUGAAAGUAGGUUUCUUAUUUUUGCUACGUUUCUUAGAUGAAAAAAGGCUGCUCUGGAAAUGUUCUUUAUGUGGGUGUUGAAGGAGAGGUCAGAGUCAAGUGUAAGACCGAGGUCUUUGACAGAUUGUUUUGCUAUAAUGACAGCACCAUCUAUUUUAACAAUGGAGUUGUUUUUUGGGGGGCAAAAAUAAUAAUUUCUGUUUUGUAUGAAUUUAGGUUCUAUAAGUGCAAUAUUUGUGUGACGUCACCGGGUUUCAUUGACAGAUAUAGUUGAGUAUCAUCAGCAUAACAAUGAAAGUUAAUUUUGUUUUUGCAAAUUACAUCUCCUAGGGAUAACGUACAAUGAAACAAUAACGGUCCCAAAACCGCCCCUUGAGGUACGCCGAAUCUGACACUGGUUAAGGGCGAGGAUUCAUGAUGUAAUUGCACAAAUUGGAGUCUGUCUGACAGAUAGGAGCGAAACCAAGAGUGCGCCUGACCUUGAAGACCGACAUUUGUCUCUAGGCACCUGAGGAGAAUAUGAUGGUAGAUAGUAUCAAAAGCUGAGCUUAAAUUGAGAAGUAUUAGUAUAGAGAGAGUGUCGUUGUAAUAAUAAUAAGUAAUAACAAGUAAUAAGUCAUUAGUGACUUUUAUACAGGCGGUUUCAGUGCUGUGGUGAGGUCAAAACCAGACUGAUAGGAUUCAUAGCUCGAAUUUGGAAAAUCUGUAAAUUGCUGGGCCACGGCUUUCUCAAGACUACACACCUCCAAAUCCCUAGAGACAGGGUAGCAGGGGAGUGGGACAAAAUAAAAUGUGCGAUGCUGCAAAAAGGCAGGAAGAGUGAGAUAGGAAGGGGAGGUGGAGAGGAAGGGGAGGUGGAGAGGAAGGGGAGGUGGAGAGGAAGGGGAGGUGUAGAGGAAGGGGAGGUGGAGUGGAAGGGGAGGUGGAGUGGAAGGGGAGGUGGAGAGGAAGGGGAGGUGGAGAGGAAGGGGAGGUGGAAGGGUGAGAUUAAAGGAGUGAGAAGAGGGUGGAGAGAAUAUAAGAGAGGCAAGGGCAAGGAAGGAGAAAGUAUGAAACCGAAACAGAAAUCCCAAAGGGAGCUCCUCUCCUCUUUCUUUUUUUCUGUCUCUCCGUCUGUCUCGUCUCUUUUUAACUCUCUCUUCCUAUUUUUCUCUUCCCUUCCUCCCCCUCUCCCUCUCUCCCCCUCUCCUGCCCCAUCUCUCUCUUUCUCUCUCUCUGCCCCUCCCCCUCUCUCUUCUCCUUUCUCUCUCUCCUUCCCUCCCUCCCUCUCUGUCUCUCUGACUUCUCAUCAGCCUUUAUUCAGCUCAUUAAAAGCGUGUCCACAGACACCUAACGCUUCCCUCUACUCGCUCAACCCUUCACUCGCAAGAUGUUCCCCUUUAGCGGAGCAGCCCAGCAAAACACACACGUUUAUACAGCAGACACACCAAGAGACAGAUGCUGUAAACCACACAUACACUUAUACACUUAUACACUCACACAAACAUUUAUACACAGACACGACACACACACACACACACACACACACACACACACACACACACACACACACACACACGACACACACACACAUUUAGAAGCACACACACACACACACCAGCCAGGAUAAUGGGCCCAAUUUACUCCCCUCAACCUUAACACUGCAAAAAUAAACCGGAGUUUAUUUCUCGGUGCACUCAGGCAUGUGUUUUUAUGUAUUUGAUAUUUUACCGUUCCAUUAGAAAUGAAAGCCUAUUACCACAAGUAUUGAUUGAAUGCUGUAUCAUGAUGCAGCCUUUCUAAAACAGGCAGAUGCUGCUUUUAUCCCCGGGAUGAGCUUAUGAGGAGCGACGAUGCAUUAGAGGUUUUAAAGAGAGCGGGAAAAGGAGAGAGCGAGGGAGGGUGGGAGGUAAAAGGGAUAGAGAGAGAGGGGGAGAAAGUGUGUGCACGUGUGUGUGUGUGUGUGUGUGUGUGAGUACAUACAGGUAACUACCAAAAUAACGGAAACACUUGAGUAAAUGAGGGAUACAAAGUAUAUUGGAAGAAAGAAAGAAAGAAAGAAAGAAAGAAAGAAAGAAAGAAAGAAAGAAAGAAAGAAAGAAAGAAAGAAAGAAAGAAAGAAAGAAAGAAAGAAAGAAAGAAAGAAAGGUCCUUUGAGGCUACUUGAGUGUGAAAACUGUAACAGCUUUCCAAACCAGCUCUCAUGGAUAGAGAGGCAUGAUUUAGAGGUCACCUCCCUAAUUACAUUUACAUUUACAUUUUAGUCAUUUAGCAUACACACAUUAGGUGGAAAUUAUGUCAUUAACAACCAAUGUUUACUUUUUUAUUUGGCCUAAUGGCAGUCAAUUGAAAAACAUUCUAACAGUAUUUCUGAUUGUCUUCUCAACUCACCAUCACAUACUUUUAAUGAGGGUCUAUGAUAGUCAAUUGAAAAUUAGUCUGACAUAAUGUCUCUUAUCUCACCACCACUAAUGAGAUGGGUGUGGCUUGAUGCAUGUCGCGUCGGAGAUUCUCAGGGGGCCACCUAUAUCGAUAUUUGGUUUUAAUGGAGACGAGAGCACUGAAUCCAGCUUCACACAGAUAUGAGCCGGCGAAGGGUAGCCUACCAUGAGUUUUAUGGUGCUUUCAAAACAACUGGGACCGAGGUCAAAUCAUGACGUCAGUGAUCUUUAGGUCGGAAAGUCGGAGCUCUAGAAAGAGGCCUGAGUUGGAAUUCCAAGUUGGAUGACCAUUUAAAGGGAUUUUUCCCAGUCGGAGCUUGUUUCUUUCCGAGUUCCCAAUUGUCUUAAAUGCAUUGAAGUCGGAAGUUAGAGAUUUCCCAUUUGCCAGUUCUGAGUUCCCAGUUGUUUUGAACGUGGCGUUAAUGAGGGAGACGGCAGGGUAUUCCCUUUGAGUCAGGAACCAAAACUCCUCCGUAGUGACCCGUGAAUGCGUUGUCUGCAGCACAUGACUGCUCGAUUAGCUGUUGAAAAUUAUUAUUAUAUAUUUUGUACCCCUUUUUCUCGAUAUCCAAUUGGUAGUUAGUCUUGUCCCAUCGCUGCAACUCCCGUACGGACUCGGGAGAGGCGAAGGUCGAGAGCCAUGCGUCCUCCGAAACGCGACCCCGCCAAGCUGCACUGCUUCAAUUGUGCGCCGCCUCAUGGCUCUCCCGGUCGUGGCCGGCUGCGACACAGCCUGGUGACGCCUCGAGCACUGCCACUCGGGAGGCCCAGCUGUUCGAUUUCACCUAGUGGCAUGUCAACUGAGCCAGGAUCACAGUCAAAUUGAUUGGGAAGUAGGUCCCAAAGUACUCUUCCAAGCGUUGGAGGUGAGCAGUCAUCACCCGUGUACUGGAUCUUUAUAUUUACCACUUGGGUCCUGUUUCAGUACUGAUGGUGUUUUCUAUUCUUUUCUUUUCAUUACACAGAAAGUCAACCAGGUCUGUUAUUUUAUACAGCAGUUCCACUCUCAAUGCGAAAAAUCUAUCCAACACUCCCCCUCGAUAACCACCAAGCCUCUGUGUGAAAUAGAACAUUGUCAUGCUCUGAUCCCAUAUCUCCACAUAGUUUUGGGAACAGGCGUGGGCGCAGUGGAUGUGGUUUGAUGUAGUUUACAAUCGAAGUUACCUGCUGCAGUAUCUCUGAGUUCUCUGGAGCCCCAUCUGUGCCAAAGCCCACUAUUCAAUCCCAUAUGGAAUCUGUUUUUAUGUCAGUAUAACCUCACAACACACUGAACAUCCCCUAUGCCGUUUCAUGCUCAGGGAUCAUGAGACAGAACAAUAUGUCCUCGUGAAUAGCAUCCCCCGAACAUGUAUAGCGAACAAAAGUGAAUGCAUGGACAUUUAGGCCCUCACCAUUUGGAGAGCCUAAACUGGGGAGUUUUUGAGUCGUUCAGUCAGAGUUCCCUCUUGGUUGCUAGCAGUAGCAUAAAUUAUUUGUUUAACAGUGUUAUCUGACAAAGGUAUUGAUGUGAGUUUCUGUGCCUUUGCCUCCCCACACAUUGUUUUCACCAUAUCAAUUGUGUCCAGUAAUAUUAAAGUCUCUGCAAUAGUGUGUGGUUUCAUAGCGUAGCAGGCCUAGCCAUUCACCUGGGAAUGAUUCAAGUGCAACGGUCAAGUGCAGCCUUUUCCCAUGAUCUAACGUGGCUCUGUGGUAAAAUGUUGUCUUUUAGAUAUGAAUAAUUUUCAUUUCGAUUUUUAAGGUUAACCAAAUUACAAUGAUUUUGAGAUACAAAUACGAUAUUAUAAUACACUAUAUAUAUACAAAAGUAUGUGGACACCCCUUCAAAUUAGUGGAUUUGGUUAUUUCAGCCACACCCGUUGCUGACAGGUGUAUAAAAUCAAGCACACAGCCAUGCAAUCUCAAUAGACAUUGGCAGUAGAAAGGCCUUACUGAAGAGCUCAGUGACUUUCAACAUGGCACCGUCAUAGGAUGCCACCUUUCCAACAAGUCAGUUCAUCAAAUGUCUGCCCUGCUAGAGCUGCCCCAGUCAACUGUAAGUGCUGUUAUUGUGAAGUGGAAACGUCUAGGAGCAACAACGGCUCAGCCGCGAAGUGGUAGGCCACACAAGUUCACAGCACGGGACCACCAAGUGCUGAAGCGCGUGGAGAGUAAAAAUCGCCUGUCCUCGGUUGCAGCACUCACUACCGAGUUCCAAACUGCCUCUGGAAGCAACGUCAGCACAAUAACUGUUCGUCGGGAGCUUCAUGAAAUGGGUUUCCAUGGCUGAGCAGCCGCACACAAGCCUAAGAUCACCAUGCUCAAUGCUAAGCGUCGGCUGGAAUGGUGUAAAGCUUGCCGCCAUUGGACUCUGGAGCAGUAGAAAUGCAUUCUCUGGAGUGAUGAAUCUUGCUUCACCAUCUGGCAGUCCAACGGAUGAAUCUGGGUUUGGCGGAUGCCGCUACCUGCCCGAAUACAUAGUGCCAGCUGUAAAGUUUGGUGGAGGAGGAAUAAUGUUCUAGGGCUGUUUUUCAUGGUUCGGGCUAGGCCCCUUAGUUCCAGUGAAGGGAAAUCUUAACGCUACAGCAUACAAUGACAUUCUAGACGAUUCUGUGCAUCCAACUUUGUGGCAACAGUUUGGGGAAGGCCCUUUCCUGUUUCAGCAUGACAAUGCCCCCAUGCACAAAGCGAGGUCCAUACAGAAAUGGUUUGUCGAGAUCAGUGUGGAAGAACUUAACUGGCCUGCACAGAGCCCUGACCUCAACACCAUCGAACACCUUUGGGAUUAAUUGGAAUGCCAACUGCGAGCCAGGCCUAAUCUCCCAACAUCAGUGCCUGACCUCACUAAUGCUCUAGUGGCUGAAUGGACGCAAGUCCCCGCAGCAAUGUUCCAACAUCUAGUGGAAAACCUUCCCAGAAGAGUGGAGGCUGUUAUAGCAGCAAAGGGGGGACCAACUCCAUAUUAAUGCCCAUGAUUUUGGAAUGAGAUGUUCAUACUUUUGGUCAUGUAGUGUAUCUACUGUAUAUAUUUUUGUAUAUACAGUAUAUUUAUUUUCAUAAGGAUUUUGGAAAUUCUCCCGCGACCCCAUUUUCAUUUCACGCGACCCCUAGUUUGGGAACUGCUGGGGUACGCUGUUAUUCACUGAUCUACCGUGAUUGGUGGAAAGCAUUUUUCAGCCAUCCUUGAUUGUUUAAUUGGGGAUAAAUUAGUCUUCAUUGUGUUCAAUCUUAAUUCACUUUCUCUGCUUUCAUUCACUCGCUUCCUUCUCUCACUCAGUCCCACUUCAAAACAGUGAGUGAACAUGUGAGCGUAACUUGACUGGCCGCUAUUUGAUAGGGUGUUACCGAAGAGGAGAGGAGAAAGCUGGGCAUUGUGGAGGAUCAGAGAUGCUGAGAAGCUUGAAAACAAAUUAUUGAAGGGCACUCAAUAGGACGGUGUUGACGCCUUCGGAACUCGAUGGAGAUUCCAUGGAGUGGAACUGAGCAAGUGGGGUGAGCGACUGAACGGAGAAUGAGAAAUGGAAUUGGGCCACUCUUUCAGUUACUAUCAUGGUUGUGUUCAUUUCGACACGCACCGGAAAACGUUUUAAAUCCAAGUAGUCCCUCCCUGUUUCAGUCCGUUUUCUUCUGUUUGGUGCUGAAUGGACAUGACCCAGGUGCUAAAAGGCCUCUCCUAGUGGUUAUAUCUGACCUCUGACCUCCUGUCUCCCAGGACUCAACGAGUGCACACUCAACAACGGCGGCUGCUCUCACAUCUGCCUGGAUCGACCAAUCGGCUACGAGUGCCAGUGUCCCACCGGGUACCAGCUAUUGGACAAGAGGACAUGUGGAGGUGAAUAUUGAGAGCGUGCAAACACACAUACGACAGUAUACAGAUGCACACACACACAGAGAGAGAGAUACACACAGUAUAGUAUAGACACACACAUAAAUAGUACAGUGACCUUCAUAACCCCUCCUCGAAAUGUCAUCCCUUUUAUCACUAUCACUCAAAGUAAAAUAUUGUUAUCUGUUGGAAGAAAUGUGAAGACUUGAACCCACAGAGACGGUCUCACAUUUUGUACUCUCUUUUUGAAUUGCUAUUUUUUCUUAGAAGUGCAGCUUUUAAGCCACAGAGUGUAUUUUACCUUUAUUUUACCAAGAGAGAUCUGUUCAGUCCAAGGUGACAGCUAUUUACCCCCCACAUUAAAUUCACAACUGCACACACAGACACAUUAUGUUCUUCUAUCCUCGUGGGGACCUAAAAUGUAUUUCCAUUCAAAAUCCUAUUUUCCCUAACCCUAACCCCCCCCCCACACACACACACACACACUCACACACACACACACACACACACACCUCCACCAUUAGAGUCCAGUGUGAUUGAUAACCCCCUCUUCCAUUCCGCCCCAGACAUUGAUGAGUGCGAGAGCCCCAACGCCUGCAGCCAGAUCUGCAUCAACUACAAGGGAGACUUCAAGUGUGAGUGCUACGAAGGCUAUGAGAUGGACCCCGUCACCAAGACCUGCAAGGCAGAAGGUGAGUGAAUGAGAGGGAAAAGGGGAAGAGAGUGAGGGUUGAAGCAGAGGGUGAGUGAGGGAGGAAGGGAGAGACAGAGAGAGGAAGGUAGAGACUUCAAGUGUGAGUGCUACGAAGGCUAUGAGAUGGACCCCGUCACCAAGACCGGCAAGGCAGAAGGUGUGUGACAGCGGCAGGGAAGGGGGUAGGGAGCGAGGAGGAAAAGAGAUGUGCUGAACCCCAAACCGAUCCCUAGCCCAUACCCCUUAAGCACUCAUGUAGAUCUGAAAGAAUUAGAUAGGUGUGAGCAGUAUGGUGAAAAUUCUACCUAGACUAUCAGAUAGCAAGGUGGAGCUUUCAGCGUUGCUCAUAUCCAUUCUCCUGAGAUCUAGACAAGAGCCUAGGGAUGUGCGACACAUGGCACAGGAGCUGGAGAAAAAAUCAAAUAUUUAUACAGAAGACAUAAGGUUAAAUGCGCUCUCUGUUUGCUGCUUCAACACGCACCCAAGAGGUUCAAUUAAGUGUUUCUGUAUUUCAGGAAAGAAACAACACCCCUUUAAUGCCAUAUUGGUUGUUGAUAACAAAGAAGCACUUACAUUUUCCUCUGAAUGAUCUUGUUGUUGCUCAUUGUCUUUUUAUGCACCUUGGUUGAUACGUAGUACAUCUAAAACACCUAACAAGUGUCAGUAUGACUACUGUUUCACACACACAGAUACACACGCUUGCUUACACACACAGCCCAGCCGUGCUAAAUGAUAUUAGUGCAUUUUAAUGAGAGUAAUAUCACAGCAGUCGACAGGUUUGAGGGACCAGCUGCUACUUUAGUCACACUCACUCAUUCAAUCACUCACUCACUCACUCAUUCACUCACUCACUGACACACACACACACACAAACCACUGCUUCUUUAGUCGGUGAAUGAGCGUUGAGUGUGACUCUCCCAAUCCUUCCAAUUAGGAAAUGCUUUUUUAAGAGUGUAAACAUGGCCUCUUCUCUCCUCUCCUCAUAAUUCCUCUCUCUCUUCAAGCUUUUGGGGAUUAUUUUCUGAGGAGACAAGAAUUAGAGAAAUUACCCUCUUGGCAUUGUUAUUUGGAGAGGUACUCAUGUCAUGCUAUUAGAAAUUAUUUGUUGUAAUGAGCUAAACUGCUGUGACUCACCUUGGUGCCUCGAGGGCAUGCUAGCGUAAUUAAAUGGAUUCAGAAUGUAAAUACGUCAAUCUGUCGCUAAAACUAGUUAGGAAAGUAGUGUGGUUUAAUGAGAAUGUUUCUUUAUCCUGCUGCACUAGUUUAUUUUAUUUUUUUUGGGGGGGGGUUUAGUGUGUGUGUGUGUGUGUGUGUGUGUGUGUGUGUGUGUGUGUGUGUGUGUGUGUGUGUGUAUACACGCAAGCGUAUAUACAGUGUUCACUUGCGUAUCAUAUACACUAUAUAUACAAAAGUAUGUGGACACCCCUUCAAAUUAGUGGAUUCGGCUAUUUCAGCCACACCCGUUGCUGACAGGUGUAUAAAAUCAAGCACACUGCCUUGCAAUCUCCAUAGACAAACAUUAGCAGUAGAAUGGUUUACAGCUGUGGGUCUCUGAGAGCUUUGCACAUUGAUUCUUAAAAAAAUUAUUCAAGCUUUGUCAAGUUGGUUGUUGACCAUAUCUAGACAGCCAUUUCCAAGUCUUGCCAUAGAUUUUCAAGCCGAUUUAAGUCAAAACUGUAACUAGGCCUUGUGUUUUAUGUUAUUGUCCUGCUGAAAGGUGAGUUUGUCUCCCAGUGUCUGUUGGAAAGCAGACUGAUACAGGUUUUCCUGUAGGAUUUUGCCUGUGCUUAGCUAUAUUCUGUUUAUUUUUAUCCCCCAAAAAACUCCCUAGUCCUUGGCAAUGACAAGCAUACACAUAACAUGAUGCAGCCACCACCAUGCUUGAAAAUAUGAAGAGUGGUACUCAGUGUUGUGUUGUGUUGGAUUUGCCCCAAACAUAACGCUUUGUAUUCACGACAUAAAGUUAAUUUCUUUGCCACAUUUCUUGCAGUUUUACUUUAGUGCCUUAUUUCAAACAGGAUGCAUGUUUUGGAAUAUGUUUUAUUCUGUGCAGGCUUCCUUCUUUUCACUCUGUCAUUUAGGUUAGUAUUGUGGAGUAACUACAAUGUUGUGGAUCCAUCCUCAGUUUUCUCCUAUCAACUCUGUAACUGUUUUAAAGUCACCAUUGGCCUCAUGGUGAAAUCCCUGAGUGGUUUCCUUCCUCUACAGCAACUGAGUUAGGAAGGACGCCUGUAUCUUUGAAGUGACUGGGUGUAUUGAUACACCAUCCAAAGUGUAAUUAAGGACUUCACCACCAUGCUCAAAGGGAUAUUCAAUGUCUGCUUCUACCAAUAGCCACCCUUCUUUGCGAGGCAUUGGAAAACCUCCCUGGUCUUUGUGGUUGAAUCUGUGUUUGAAAUUCACUGUUCAACUGAGGGACCUUACAGAUAAUUGUAUGUGCGGGGUACAAAGUUGAGGUAGUCAUUAAAAAGUUAAACACUAUUAUUGUCCAUGCAACUUAUUAUGUGACUUGUUUAGGCUUGCCAUGACAAGGGGGUUGAAAAUGUAUUGACACAAGACAUUUAAGAUUUUCAUUUCUAAGUAAUCUGUAAAAAUGUCUAAAAACAUAAUUCCGCUUUGACAUUAUUGUCACGACUUCCGCCGAGGCUGCCUCCCCUCCUUGUUCGGGCAGGUUUCGGCGUUCGUCGUCACCAGCUUACUAGCCACUGCCGCUCCAUAUAUCAUCAUUCCAUUUGUCUUGUCUUGUUAAUUACACACACCUGGUUCAUAUCCUCUCAUUAGUCUGUGUAUAAGUGUUCCCUCUGCCCCCUUGUCCUUGUGAGUGAUUGUUUUAUGUGAAAAUGAGUGUAGCUCGGUUGAGCUAUCCGUACUUUGUAUUGCCGGGGUUAUUUCUCCCCGUGUGCCUGUAUUGUGUUCCAGUGCGCCGGUAUUACACCCUGUGCUGUUGACGCUAUCCAGCGUAACUGUGUACUACGGAAUAAACUCUGUAUUCAGUGAUUUACCCUCCUGCGCCUGACUCCUUUAAGUCACACUCUCACAAUUAUGGGGUAUUGUGAGUAGUCCAGUUACACUUCCUCUCAAUUUAAUCUAUUUUAAAUUCAGGCUGUAACACUACAAAAUAUGGAAAAAGUCAAGGGGUGUGAAUACUUUCUGAAGGCAAUGUAGAUGUAUGUAACGAGGUUGAAUAAUUAUUGACUCAAGACAUUUCAGCUUUUUAUUUUUAAUUAAUUUGUAAAAAUGUCUAAAAACUUAAUUCCACUUUGACAUUAUGGGAUAUUGUGUGUAGGCCAGUUACACUUAAUCUCAAUUUAAUCCAUUUUAAAUUCAGGCUGUAUCACUACAAAAUGUGGAAAAACGAUGAGACAGCCUAUAGAGACCUGGCAAUAUGGUGCCAGGACAACAACCUCUCCCUCAAUGUGAGCAAGACGAAGGAGCUGAUUGUGGACUACAGGAAAAGGAGGGCCAAACACACCCCCAUUCACAUCAACGGGGCUGUAGUGGAGCGGGUCGAGAGUUCACAUCACCAACAAACUAUCAUGGUCUAAACACACCAAGACAGUCGUGAAGAGGGUACGACAAUGCCUAUUCCCCCUCAGGAGACUGAAAAGAUUUGACAUGGGUCCCCAGAUCCUCAAAACGUUCUACAGCUGCACAAUCGAGAGCAUCCUGACAGGUUGCAUCACUGCCUGGUAUGGCAACUGCUCGGCAUCCGAAUGCAGACACAAAUAUUGGAAGCAUCAGGAAGUGUUUGUUGUUGUUGUUGUUGUUGACGUCUGGUCUGGUUGCCGCGGCCAAAGGAACUGGAGGUGCCUCAGUUGGCUCGGCAGGCUCCAAUCCCACGUCACGCCUCACCCGGCUAGUCGGGCUCCCAUGCCUCAGCUGGUUCAUCAGGCUCACAGCCCACGCCUCAGCCGACUCGUCAGGUUUCCACGCCUCAGCCGACUCCAAUGUUACCAUCAUUAUGCGCAUCAGCGCUCAUUGGACUCACCUGGACUCCUUCACUUUGUUGAUUGCCCCUUCUAUAUCUGUCUGUUCCCCAGUUUGAUCACUGUGUCUGCAUUGAUGAUGUUUCGUUUCCCUGUCCAGACGCUGUCCGUGUUUUGUUCCAUGUCUUUUAUUUAUUAAAUCCUCACCCUGUACUUGCUUCCCAUCUCCCAGUGUCUGUCGAACCGAGAUCGUUACAAACUCAUCCCAAACCAUCUCAAUUGGGUUGAGGUCGGGUGAUUGUGGAGGCCAGGUCAUCUGAUGCAGCACUCCAUCACUCUCCUUGGUCUAAUAGCCCUUACACAGCUUGGAGGUGUGUUUUGGGUCAUUGUCCUAUUGAAAAAAAAUGAUAGUCCCACUAAGCGCAAACCAGAUGGGAUGGCGUUUCGCUGCAGAAUGCUGUGGUAGCCAUGCUGGUUAAGUGUGCCUUGAAUUCUAAAUAAAUCACAGACAGUGCCACCAGCAAAGCACCCCCACACCAUCACACCUCCUCUUCCAUGCUUCACGUUGGGAACCACACAUGCGGAGAUAAUCCGUUCACCUACUCUGUGUCUCACAAAGACACGGCGAUUGGAACCAAACAUCUCCAAUUUGGACUCAUCAGAACAAAGGACAGAUUUCCACCAGUCUAACGUCCAUUGCUCGUAUUUCUUGGCCCAAGCAAGUCUCUUCCUCUUAUUGGUGUCCUUUAGUAGUGGUUUCUUUGCAGCAAUUUGACCAUGAAGGCCUGAUUCACGCAGUCUCCUCUGAACAGUUGAUGUUGAGACGUGUCUGUUACUUGAACUCUGUGAAGCAUUUAUUUGGGCUGCAAUCUGAGGCUGGUAUCUCUAAUGAACUUAUCCUCUACAGCAAAGGUAACUCUGGGUCUUCCUUUCCUGUGGUGGUCCUCAUGAGAGCCAGUUUCAUCAUAGCGCUUGAUGGUUUUUGCGAUUGCACUUGAAGAAACUUUCAAAGUUCUUGAAAUGUUCUGUAUUGACUGACCUUCAUGUCUUAAAGUAAUGAUGGACUGUCGUUUCUCUUUGCUAUUUGAGCUGUUCUUGCCGUAAUAUGGACUUGGUCUUUUACCAAAUAGGGCUAUCUUCUGUAUAUCACCCCUACCUUGUCACAACACAACUGAUUAGCUCAAACGCAUUAAGAAGAAAAUAAAUUCCACAAAUUAACGUUUAGCAAGGCACACCUGUUAAUAGAAAUGCAUUCCAGGUGACUACUUCAUGAAGCUGGUUGAGAGAAUGCCAAGAGCGUGCAAAGCUGUCAUUAAGGCAAAGGGUCGCUACAUUGAAGAAUCUCAAAUAUAAAAUGUAUUUUGAUUUGUUUAGCACUUUUUUGGUUACUAAUCUCAGCAAAAAAAGAAACGUCCUCUCACUGUCAACUGCGUUUAUUUUCAGCAAACUUAACAUGUGUAAAUAUUUCUAUGAACAUAACAAGAUUCAACAACCGAGACAUAAACUGAACAAGUUACACAGACAUGUGACUAACAGAAAUUGAAUAAUGUGUCCCUGAACAAAGGGGGGUCAAAAUCAAAAGUAACAGUCAGUAUCUGGUGUGGCCACCAGCUGCAUUAAGUACUGCAGUGCAUAUCCUCCUCAUGGACUGCACCAGAUUUGCCAGUUCUUUCUGUGAGAUGUUACCCCACUCUUCCACCAAGGAACCUGCAAGUUCCCUGACAUUUCUGGGGGGAAUGGCCCUAGCCCUCACCAUCCGAUCCAACAGGUCCCAGACGUGCUCAAUGGGAUUGAGAUCCAGGCUCUUCGCUGGCUAUAGCAGAACACUGACAUUCCUUUCUUGCAGGAAUUCACGCACAGAACGAGCAGUAUGGCUGGUGGCAUUGUCAUGCUGUAGGGUCAUGUCAGGAUGAGCCUGCAGGAAGGGUACCACAUGAGGGACGAGGAUGUCUUCCCUGUAAUGCACAGCGUUGAGAUUGCCUGCAAUGACAAAAAGCUCAGUCCGAUUAUGCUGUGACACACCGCCACAGACUAUGACGGACCCUCCACCUCCAAAUCGAUCCCGCUCCAGAGUACAGGCCUCGGUGUAACGCUCAUUCCUUUGACGAUAAACGCGAAUCUGACCAUCACCCCUGGUGAGACAAAACCGCCACUCGUCAGUGAAGAGCACUUUUUGCCAGUCCUGUCUGGUCCAGCGAUGGUGGGUUUGUGCCCAUAGGCGACGUUGUUGCCGGUGAUGUCUAGUGAGGACUUGCCUUACAACAGGCCUACAAGCCCUUAGUCCAGCCUCUCUCAGCCUAUUGCGGACAGUGAUGGAGGGAUUGUGUGUUCCUGGUGUAACUCGGGCAGUUGUUGUUGCCAUCCUGUACCUGUCCUGCAGGUGUGAUGUUCGGAUGUACCGAUCCUGUGCAGGUGUUGUUACACGUGGUCUGCCACUGCGAGGACGAUCAGUUGUCCAUCCUGUCUCCCUGUAGUGCUGUCUUAGGCGUCUGACAGUACAGACAUUGCAAUUUAUUGGCCACAUCUGCAGUCCUCAUGCCUCCUUGCAGCAUGCCUAAUGCUCGUUCAUGCAGAUGAGCAGGGACCCUGGGCAUCUUUCUUUUGGUGUUUUUCAGAGUCAGUAGAAAGGCCUCUUUAGUGUCCUAACUUUUCAUACCUGUGACCUUAAUUGCCUACCGUCUGUAAGCUGUUAGUGUCUUAACGACCGUUCCACAGGUGCAUGUUCGUUAAUUGUUUAUGGUUAAUUGAACAAGCAUGGGAAACAGUGUUUAAACCCUUUACAAUGAAGAUCUGUGAAGUUAUUUGGAUUUUUACGAAUCAUCUUUGAAAGACAGGGUCCUGAAAAAGGGAUGUUUCUAUUUUUGUUUACAUGAUUCCAUAUGUGUGAUUUCAUAGUUUUGAUGUCUUCACUAUUAUUCUACAAUGUAGAAAAUAGUAAAAAUAAAGAAAAACCCUUGAAUGAGUAGGUGUGUCCAAACUUUUGACUGGUACUGUACAUAUUACCUAAUUUUCCUCGACUAACUUGUACCCCCGCUCAUUGAUUUGAUACCGGUACCCCCUGUAUAUAGGCUCGUUAUUGUUAUUUUAUUGUGUUACUUUUUUACUCUAGUAAAUAUUUUCUUAACUCUUAUUUUCUUAAAACUGAAUUGUUGGUUAAUGGCUUGUAAGCAUUUCCCGGUAAGAUCUAGACCUGUUGUAUUCGGCGCAUGUGACAAAUAAAAUGUGAUUUGAUUGGAAAAGUUAAGGAGUGUGAAUACUUUCACACCCCUCCCGCAGAAAGACCCCAGGAAGAUAGGCCAUAGAAUAUGUAUUCUGGCCAUAAAAUAUGGGCGAAAUAAGUUGACCUCUCCACUUUCCCUUUACAGGGAAGUCUCCCUACCUGAUGUUCACCAACCGCCAUGAGAUCCGUCGGGUUGACCCAGUGAAGAGGGACUACAGCCAGGUGCUGGCAAACCAGAAAAACACUGUGGCGUUGGACAUAGACGUGGCCAAUAACCGCCUGUUCUGGUGCGACCGCUUCCACCGCAACAUCUACAGGUACUGGUUCUGACACUUGACCUUAGGGUUGCAAUUUACAACAUUUCUGAAACUCUCCCCAAGUUCACAGGUUUUUCAGAAAUCCUUCUUGGAGGAUUUUCAGUUGAAGCAUUGCCUCGUCAUUCCCACCUGAAACCUGGGAAAAACCUGGGAAAAAUGGGACCCCUUUCCGGAUAGUUAACCUAUGAACUUUGGGAAGGACAAUCACUCGCUCCCUCACUCGCUCAUGUCCUCAUGCAAUCACCUCUUAGGAUUGCUUUGUUUUUGAAAAUGUUUGUCUUGAAAAAUAAAUAUCUUGAAAAAGUUGUUCAUAUGAACACGUUUCAACACAGAUGGAUUGGAUUAUUGGAUUAAUAAGGAUUAAUCCAGUGGAUAUGUACAUUAUAUUCGAUUUUUUUCCUACUUGAGUGGGAGCCAGUCACAUUUAAUGAACUCAUUUGUUUUAGCCCUCAUACCUCUCUAACCUCUACCUGGUGUCUCUUAUCCCACAUGGGAUUGUGCUAAUUGCGACAGUGUAUCAGAGAACUGGAAUCUAUACCCAUUACCUAUACUCAUCUCCCCUGUUGUAAAAGUGCCCAGUCAUUAGCUUGUAGGACAGCUCCCUGUGUGGACAGCUGCUAUUCUGGAUACAGUGUCUCACCUACGGAGACUGACUGUGAGAUGAACCUUUUGAAAUUAACACAAGGUUAAUUUAUUUCAUGAAGCCAUGGCCAGCCACACGUGGCACUCUGCUACUGGCACCACUAGCACCAUCAGCAACUGAGGUGGAGAUUCAAACCAACGCAGAUUACUGACCUGUGCGCUAGAGGUCUUCACGUGUCCAAAAAGUUAAGCCCGUUCUGAAAUGGAUCUGUGGCUUUCCCACCCGACUCGAUAUGCAUGAAUAUUUUUUUUAAAAACAGAGACCAGUUCCGAAUGUACCCGAGGACAGUCAGACCCGUUCCGAAAAGGCCUGUUGAAAAGCAUACCCAAACCCGUGCUGGUUCGGAUCCGAGAGACCCAUUCAGAUCUGAGAGUAGAACGAAAGAGCGAAAGAAACCUCCUACUGGGUGCUGCCAGCGCCAUCAAUAAACAAGCGAUAUUAUGCAAAUUAUCCACAGUUACGUGUCCUUAAAAAUUGCCUAUAACAACAUCAACAAAAAUAGUUCGAUGUGUAGCAUAUUCAAAACUUUUAAGAGAUUUAAGAGCUAAAUGCAUCAGGGCAUUGCAUGAAUGUAGGCCUUGUGAUGAGUAUUAUAUUGUUAGAUAAAAUGAGUAACUCUGGUAGGCCUAAAACAUUCUUCAUCACCUCAAGUUCAACUGUGGGAGUCAGUUGGAGCGCUGGUGCGCUCUGCCUUCUUAGGCCUGCAGUAGCUACGCCUAAUAAUAACCAUAUCACACCAAACGUUCACAAAAGGUUCUUACUGUUGAUUCCCUACCCUAAUAAAGUUAAGUCAAGUCAUUGUUUAUAGGGAAAACAUGAACAGGUUAUUAUAUUGUGGCAUUAAAUAACGUUUUGCAUCUCGCCUUUUUGGGUUUUUCCUUUUCAUGGUUGGGAGCGAGUAGCCCUUGUAGGCCUACCGGUAAUUCUAUUAUAUAAUGCAGCAAACACAACAUUACAGUCGGAACUUAAUUUGGCCAAAGAAAAUGUCUCAACAGAAUGAAACAAAACACUUGUUGCAUAUUUAAAGAACUGAUUUAAAUUAAAAUCAUACAUUGAAAUCAUACAUUUAAAAGUAUCUUUAUAAAAGUGUCUUCAGCAGGAAUAUUAAUCUCCUCUGGCAGACCAUUACCAGUCUGACGUUUGCUGAAAAGCUGUGGAUGUCUGCUCAAGUAUAAAUCUGCACAGGUUGUAUAUCUGCGUUGAAUCCUGGCUCUGACUUUCAAGGUAGCUGGUGCAAGACUUUGAGUGCGAUUCACAAGCUUUUCUUUUUACACCCCUAUCUAUUACCAUAUUCACAUGUCCCCCUCUCUCCCCCAGUGCUCUGAUCCCGGAGGCCAGUGACCCGUCCCAGCAGGUGACCCUGGUGGACUCUGGCUCUCUCCUCUCCCCCGAGGGCCUGGCCCUAGACUGGGUCCAGCACAACCUUUACUGGACUGACUCGGGCCACAAGACCGUCUCGGUGGCCUCGGCCUACGACGGCCUCAAGAGGAGGGUGCUGGUGGACACAGAACUCAGCGAGCCCAGAGCCAUAGCCCUGGACCCCCAGCACGGGUAAGUGUGGGGGUUUGUGUGUUGGUUUGUGGUCGUGUUGGCGCAACCACCUCGGAAAUCAAGAGGGCCAACAAUGCCAUGUUGAAAAGACAAGAGCGCAGGUGAAUAACCAACAGCUCCUGCUCUGGGAGCACUUCCACCAAUAAUAUAGAAUGUCCAGUGUGGCACAGAGUGUUACAGGCACAGAUUGACCUCACCAGCCAUCAGCACAUUCACUGUACUUGUGAUAUGUUUUGAUAUUAUGUCAUUGUGUGUACAUGUUUGUCAGUAUGUAGAGAGUAUGUCCGUCCACGUAAACAUGCAUACUGCAGUAAACAGCUUGAUUUCAUAUUGGUUUCCCUAUAAUAUCAUAAUAUAUGCCAUUUAGCAGAUGCUUUUUUCCAAAGCGACUUAGUCAUGCAGGCAUACAUUUUACAUAAUGGUGGUCACGGGGAUCAACCCACUAUCCUGGCUUUGCAAGCGCCAUGCUCUACCAACCGAUCUACAGAGGACCACCAUUCUUCUCCUCCCCAGGUUCAUGUACUGGUCUGACUGGGGCACCCGGGCCAAGAUCGAGAAGGCUGGGAUGAAUGGGGUGGACCGACAGGUCCUUGUGUCGGAUAACAUCGAGUGGCCCAACGGCAUCACCCUAGGUAAGAACCCGAGCGCGCACACGCAUACAGACUCCGACUCACAUGCUCACACAUACACACACAGAUAGACACACGCACGCACACACACACACACACACACACACACACAACACCACUUUUAGGGACGAAUCUUAACUUCCAUUUAAGACACAUUUUCACAUAGUCUCCUGGCCUAUUGAAAUCAAUGCGUGACUAAGUGAAAAUGUUAGGAUUUGCCCCUUAUAGCUGAGUGACUUACAGUGGGUUUUCACCAACAACAAAUUCGGCAUUAGAAGUUCUGCCCCCAGAGAAAUGUGCGGGGGAUUGUAGGAAGGUGAGCGUUGAGAAUCCUUCUAGCGGAGUGGUAGAAAAAGUUCAGCUCUGCUCUACUUUAUGCAAAUUUAAAUCGAAGCGUUGGAGCGAAGCGUUGUCAAGAGGAGGCGCCGCGUUAGAUAUACCCUGAUGAAAGCAUUUGCUGAAAUGCUUUGGUUUUAACAAUAAAAUAUGUAUUGUUCAAGCAAGCUUAAAAAUAUUUUUUCCUCUAUACCUGUGCACCUUAGAAACCUUUUAACACUAGAACCGCUGGGCCUUGAGGGACUCCCUUUCAAGCUAAAGAGCAGUCAUUCUGACUGCAACAUUCUAACAGUGUAAUUAAUACAUUUCAUAUAUGCUAUCGCUAAAAUAAUCAUUUGGCUGUGUUUAUGGAGGCCUUGAGUAACAUUAGAAUACUAUUAUUAUUAUUUUAUAACACAGUAGCAUUUUCAUUAUGUUAUAUAGGCUAUAUGUAAAACAUAAAAAUUGUGUUCAAUCAAUUUUAUUAAUGGAGCGCCUUUAUGAAACAGAAAGCAUAUGUGUUGGUACACGGUAACAGCUUCUUUUUAUAACGACAACCACCAAGACGUGCGGUCAAAUGAUGAAAACAUCAGUAGCCUGAACAUCAUUAUGCCAAGUGGCCUUGAUAAAUAGUGAAAAUCAGCACAAAAGCAAUAAUAGCAUUAUAAUGAAUGUGUCGAUAUGACAGUAGUCAAAAAUAGUCCAUUAUUGACAGCUCCUGCUUAAAUUGUGUGUGUCUUGGCAUCAGUUGGAUUUCAUUUAGCGGUUAUCCCUUGUCCUAACAGUUGACACAAAUCUUCGUAACUUUCACUUGCUUGACACUUUGACAUACCUUUGUUUGGUUGUAGUGCGUAAUAGUUGUAUCUUUAUUGUGUCCCCAUGGUUGUGUAGUACGACGGCUGUGUAGGUGCCUUAUUUUGCGCAGACGGAGGAAGCUCCCAUCUCACUUUGUUCAUGGUGUCGACUAGGCUUGUUUUCUUUGCAGUACUUGUUCGCCAAUGACUGUGAAGUGAUGAAAUUGUCCAUGGUGACAUUUCUCCCCUUGCCAACGGAAGGUUCUACAAGCCUCAUCACCACAUUCUCCGACACUUGCUCACCUUCUGCCCGAUGUGGAUAUUUUCCCAGAUAUUGAAAGCCGUUCAGCAUGUACAAUUACGCAUGCUCUCACUGUGUAGCCUACUCCAAGUAGGCCAGAGUAGAUUGAUAAGACUGCUUGGAUUUGGUGGACUGAUAUAGGGUACAUACCAUUUGGAGGUUAUGAUUAGAAUCGAUCAAUACAAUAGAAUGGCCCUCUGUUCUUCAUUCACAAUUGGUGAUUACAUAAUUAUGCAUUGUUCGUUCCCCUCGCUCAUCAACUCACCCAUUCUCCCCCUUUCGCCCAUCAUACUUUACUUAAUUUAUUUAAUCUGUUGUUAUAUGGGUUAAAAUUAGUUCCGGUAUAGUUUAGGUUUAGUAUCGAGGCAAUUAUCAGGGUGAUUAUCAGCUGGGGAGAAGGAGCGGAGCAGGCCCUACUGUCGGGAAAAGGAGGGUCAACGGGUGAAAACCAUUCAAAUAAUGACAUGCCCUCCUAAAACAGGUUAUAACUCCAGUUCUGUUUGUGAUAUUAAGAACUAACAAUGGCAAUGUGUUAUAUAGACUUAUUUAGAAAAGGUCAAGGACGGAGUGGAGCAUGACUUAAAAAAUGUAUGAGCAGUCAGAAUAACUGCUUUAGCUGUUCUAAUGAUAAUACAUUCCAUUUGUAAAGUACUUCUCCUUAGUUUCUUGCUUUGUUUUGGUUUGGUUUUCACUAGUUUUAUUACAUUGUGAACUUAGACUUUUACAGUUGAUAACUCAUCUCCUUGGAGUUGAAACUUCUUGAUAUAACCCCAAUUGAUCGUUUGACAAAAUAUUUGAGUGAGCAGUGUUUGCGUCGCUGUAUGUCUGCCCAAGUGGCCAUCUAAUACCUGUGUGUGUGCAUCAGAUGUAGCCAACAGGCGUCUGUACUGGGUAGACUCCAAGCUGCACCUCGUCUCCAGCGUGGACCUGAACGGGGCUCACCGUCGGACACACCAGUCCUCCUCAGAAAGACUGGGACACCCCUACGCACUGGCCGUGUUUGAGGUGAGAGAGAGUGUGUGUUUACAGCAUGUGUGUGUGUGUUUUGCUGGGCUGCUCUGCUCUAUGGGGAACGUCUUGCGAGUGAAGGGUUGAGCGAGUAGAGGGAAGCAUUAGGUGUCUGUGGACACGCUUUUAAUGAGCUGAAUAAAGGCUGAUGAGAAGUCAGAGAGACAGAGAGGGAGGGAGGAAAGGAGAAGAGAGAGGGGGAGGGGCAGAGAAAGAGAGAGGGGGAGGGGCAGAGAGAGAGAACUUUAUUCUGGAAAAAUUAAUUAAUUCAAAAGUCUAUAUGGGUUAAGAUGGGAAAUGAAGGCCUGGCAAGUCUCUAUUAAAUUCUAUGCUUUCAGUUAGGGUUGCGUAUUACGGUAACUUUCCCAAAAUUCCCAGGUUUCCCGGUUAAAAGAUUACUGGAAUCAGGAAGGAAAGAGCAGGAAAUCCAGAAUCCUACAACCAGGAUUUCUGGAAAACCUGAGAAUUUUGGUAAAGUUACCAGUUAUAUACAUUUCUAUACUAUGAGGUUGGAAUAAAACGGUGAAAUUGUAAACAUUUUGAUAAUGCCCUUUUAGUGUAAAAGCUGUUUGAAAAGACCGCCUGAAAUUUCAGCCUGUUUUGGUGGGAUGGAGCUUUGGCCUGCGUGGUGAAUUUGUUAAUAAACCAAUAAGAAAGAAAGUUCCAAAACUCUCUGUCAAUAACAGCUAGUUUUCCCCUCCCCACUCAGACCACUCCCAUAUAGUCCUAGCUAAAUUAUUUCUUGAGAAAUUGAGCUUUGCUAAGAAGCUAUUUUUGUUUAUUUUUUACCAUUUUAAUUGAAAAUAAUCACAAUAAGGCACUUAAUUCUUACCCAGAAAGGGUUUGAUAUUGAGAUAAAAACAUCUGCAUUGGACUUUGAAGCAAUCUAUGGACAAUGCAUGACAACAAUCCAAUGCUUUGGUUUUGUUUAUCUGGGCCACUGUUUCAAAUGCUAACUUCUUUGCAUUUGUUGCACAAAGUCAAUGGUCCUAUAUGGUCCUAUAUUAGCAUUUUCACGCAUCAUGUCCAAAUCAUCCAUAAGUAACUUAAUUGAGCUACACAAUCAACAUGAGAUACUUAAGGAUGAUUUUGACAUGAAGCACAAACCUGCUAAUAUACUGUAGGGACCAUGUCCUCCUAAUUCAAUAUCUAGACAACAUUUUUUUUAUGUCUUUCAAAUAUAAUUGGUUUCCAACUUGACUGUCCACAUUACCUUCCUGAGACAGAAACUCCAGAAGUUAAGACAGCCAUUAAGUAAUUAAUGGCAUUACACAGACGGAGCUAUCAUUACCCUGGACUGCUAUCUCCUCCUAAACAAAUAUCAAAACAUGUUUGAUUUUUUUUUACUGUGUAGUUUGUUCCCUGCUUGACUGUCCUUAUUGACCUCUGGAGACUAGGGUCCCCAGAAGGAAAGACAUUGAAGUCACUGAAUGACGGUGCUAUCAUAAGCUGGGUACUGCUGUGUCACGCAGCGCUUAAUUUCUGUGUUUAGUCUCCCCACUGCUGUGUUUGUUUUGUCUUCCCCUCUGGGAUGGCAGACUGUGCGGAAUAAACAGAGGAGUUACUGGAGAGGAGAGGGAUCUGAGAGCUGCCCAGAGCUCUGUUGUUGUUAGUGAUACACACAGUGCAGGCAGGGCCACAACAUUGGCACACAGAUGCAAGUGCGUGGGCACACACACACACUCACACACACUGCAGGCAGGGCCACAACACUGGCACACACAAACAUAUUGAUGUACACACACAUACAGAUCAUUACACGUACACACAGAUGCUCGCAUGCACACACACACACACACACACACACACACACACACACACACACACACACUGCAGGCACAGCUAUGACACACUGGCAUCCACCCAGAUUAAAGUUUUACUGCUGGCCCUAGUCGUAUCGCACACAGACAGGCUGGCAGCUGGGUAACGGGUGGGCCAGAGGGAAGUGUCUGUCUGUGUGAUGUGUGUGUGCUUAUGCAUACGUGUGUGGUACAUUUGCUUGCUCCCAAGUAGGGCUGUGGCGGUCAUGAAACUUUGGAAUGUCUACAUCUGGGAUCAUCAACUAAAUUCAGCCGCGAGACGAUUUUUUUCCUUAGCGGAUGGUCAGACUGCAAAUUGACCGUAAGAAGCCCAUACAGAUAUAAUAUUUGACUAAAACAUAAUAAUUUCAUACCUUGCUUACAUUUGUAUACGAUCACAUAUAUACUGAACAAAAAUAUAAACUCAACAUGUAAAGUGUUGGUCCCAUGUUUCAUGAGCUGAUAUAAAAAAUUCCAGAAAUGUUCCAUAUUCACAAAAAGCUUAUUUCUCUCAAAUUUUGUGCACAGGUUUGUUUACAUCCUUGUUAGUGAGCAUUUCUCCUUUGCCAAGAUAAUCCAUCCACAUGACAGGUGUGGCAUAUCAAGAAGCUGAUUAAACAGCAUGAUCAUUACACAGGUGCACCUUGUGCUGGAGGCAAUAAAAGGCCACUCUAAAAUGUGCAGACCACGUGUAACCACACCAGCCCAGGACCUUCACAUCCAGCUUCUUCACCUGCGGGAUCGUCUGAGACCAGCCACCCGGACAGCUGAUGAAACUAAGGAGUAUUUCUGUCCGUAAUAAAGCCCUUUUGUGGGGGAAAACUCAUUCUGAUUGGCUGGACCUAGCUCCCCCAUGACUGCACCCCUGCCCAGUCAUGUGAAAUCCAGAGAUUAGGGUCUAAUGAAUUUAUUUCAAUUGAUUGAUUUCCUUAUAUGAACUGUAAUUUCUUUCAUUCUGUGGUGGACGCUAGGCUUGGGCGAUACACCGUUCAUACCGUAUACCGGGGUAUUUCGAAAUACCGACGGUAUGAUUUCCAAUGCCGUUUAAAAAAAAAAGAACUGUAACUCAGUAAAAUCGUUGAAAUUGUUGCAUGCCACGUUUAUAUUUUUGUUCAGUAUAUCUCUCUAUUAUGUGUGGGAAUACUUCGGAACAGAUUUCCAAAAUUAGAAUCACUUGGAGCUGAUAUGCUGGGUUUUUUAUAGUCUUUUAUGUCCCACAAUUAAAAAUAAAGAACAUUAUUAAAUAAAAUCCUGCGGGCCGCCAGUUGAGGAACCAUUUAAAUAAGUGUAAUAAAUCAUUUUAAUAAACACCAUCACAAUAAUAAAGCCAUCACAAUAAAUCCAUUAUUUAUUUUAGGCAGAUCUUAAGAAACAUUAUGAUAUGAAGAAAAUAUAUUUCAGAAGAGCAGAAUAGCAUAUUCUGGACUCGGUGUUACUGAUCUGGCUAUAUGCCAUGCCACUGGCAUAGACUAGGCUGUAGGCUAGUUCAUUUAGCAGACAAGAUUGGCUUAUAACUCCCAUGCCAUUAUUUUAUAGUAAGAAGAAUACAAUUGAAUAUAGCUGAAUAAAAUAGAAAGGAUAUUUUUCCCCAAAGGAUUUCUGAGCGCACAUUGUGCAGCAGUUCUGUGUUGAGUGGUUAUAAAAAGUGAUCAUUUGAAACAGAUCCUAUAUGCUUAAUAUAGAGUUAUUUGGCUACUUUAGUUGAUACAUACCUUAGAAUGUAUUUUAAAUCAAAACAUAUAUACAGUGGGGAGAACAAGUAUUUGAUACACUGACGAUUUUGCAGGUUUUCCUACUUACAAAGCAUGUAGAGGUCUGUAAUUUUUAUCAUAGGUACACUUCAACUGUGAGAGACAGAAUCUAAUACAAAAAUCCAGAAAAUCACAUUGUAUGAUUUUUAAGUAAUUAAUUUGCAUUUAAUUGCAUGACAUAAGUAUUUGAUACAUCAGAAAACAGAACUUAAUAUUUGGUACAGAAACCUUUGUUUGCAAUUACAGAGAUCAUACGUUUCCUGUAGGUCUUGACCAGGUUUGCACACACUGCAGCAGGGAUUUUGGCCCACUCCUCCAUACAGACCUUCUCCAGAUCAUUCAGGUUUCGGGGCUGUCGCUGGGCAAUACGGACUUUCAGCUCCCUCCAAAGAUUUUCUAUUGGGUUCAGAUCUGGAUACUGGCUAGGCCACUCCAGGACCUUGAGAUGCUUCUUACAGAGCCACUCCUUAGUUGCCCUGGCUGUGUGUUUCGGGUCGUUGUCAUGCUGGAAGACCCAGCCACGACCCAUCUUCAAUGCUCUUACUGAGGGAAGGAGGUUGUUGGCCCCUUCCAUCCUCCCCUCAAUACGGUGCAGUCGUCCUGUCCCCUUUGCAGAAAAGCAUCCCCAAAGAAUGAUUUUUCCACCUCCAUGCUUCACAGUUGGGAUGGUGUUCUUGGGGUUGUACUCAUCCUUCUUCUUCCUCCAAACACGGCGAGUGGAGUUUAGACCAAAAAGCUCUAUUUUUGUCUCAUCAGACCACAUUACCUUCUCCCAUUCCUCCUCUGGAUCAUCCAGAUGGUCAUUGGCAAACUUCAGACGGACCUGGACAUGCGCUGGCUUGAGCAGGGGGACCUUGCGUGCGCUGCAGGAUUUUAAUCCAUGACGGCGUAGUGUGUUACUAAUGGUUUUCUUUGAGACUGUGGUCCCAGCUCUCUUCAGGUCAUUGACCAGGUCCUGCCGUGUAGUUCUGGGCUUAUCCCUCACCUUCCUCAUGAUCAUUGAUGCCCCACGAGGUGAGAUCUUGCAUGGAGCCCCAGACCGAGGGUGAUUGACUGUCAUCUUGAACUUCUUCCAUUUUCUAAUAAUUGCGCCAACAGUUGUUGCCUUCUCACCAAGCUGCUUGCCUAUUGUCCUGUAGCCCAUCCCAGCCUUGUGCAGGUCUACAAUUUUAUCCCUGAUGUCCUUACACAGCUCUCUGGUCUUGGCCAUUGUGGAGAGGUUGGAGUCUGUUUGAUUGAGUGUGUGGACAGGUGUCUUUUAUACAGGUAAUGAGUUCAAACAGGUGCAGUUAAUACAGGUAAUGAGUGGAGAACAGGAGGGCUUCUUAAAGAAAAACUAACAGGUCUGUGAGAGCCGGAAUUCUUACUGGUUGGUAGGUGAUUAAAUACUUAUGUCAUGCAAUAAAAUGCAAAUUAAUUACUUAAAAAUCAUACAAGACCUCUACAUGCUUUGUAAGUAGGAAAACCUGCAAAAUCGGCAGUGUAUCAAAUACUUGUUCUCCCCACUGUACAGUGGGGGAAAAAAGUAUUUAGUCAGCCACCAAUUGUGCAAGUUCUCCCACUUAAAAAGAUGAGAGAGGCCUGUAAUUUUCAUCAUAGGUACACGUCAACUAUGACAGACAAAUUGAGAAAAAAAAUCCAGAAAAUCAUAUUGUAGGAUUUUUAAUGAAUUUAUUUGCAAAUUAUGGUGGAAAAUAAGUAUUUGGUCACCUACAAACAAGCAAGAUUUCUGGCUCUCACAGACCAGUAACUUCUUCUUUAAGAGGCUCCUCUGUCCUCCACUCGUUUCCUGUAUUAAUGGCACCUGUUUGAACUUGUUAUCAGUAUAAAAGAAACCUGUCCACAACCUCAAACAGUCACACUCCAAACUCCACUAUGGCCAAGACCAAAGAGCUGUCAAAGGACACCAGAAACAAAAUUGUAGACCUGCACCAGGCUGGGAAGACUGAAUCUGCAAUAGGUAAGCAGCUUGGUUUGAAGAAAUCAACUGUGGGAGCAAUUAUUAGGAAAUGGAAGACAUACAAGACCACUGAUAAUCUCCCUCGAUCUGGGGCUCCACGCAAGAUCUCACCCCGUGGGGUCAAAAGGAUCACAAGAACGGUGAGCAAAAAUCCCAGAACCACACGGGGGGACCUAGUGAAUAACCUGCAGAGAGCUGGGACCAAAGUAACAAAGCCUACCAUCAGUAACACACUACGCCGCCAGGGACUAAAAUCCUGCAGUGCCAGACGUGUCCCCCUGCUUAAGCCAGUACAUGUCCAGGCCCGUCUGAAGUUUGCUAGAGUGCAUUUGGAUGAUCCAGAAGACGAUUGGGAGAAUGUCAUAUGGUCAGAUGAAACCAAAAUAUAACUUUUUGGUAAAAACUCAACUCGUUGUGUUUGGAGGACAAAGAAUGCUGAGUUGCAUCCAAAGAACACCAUACCUACUGUGAAGCAUGGGAGUGGAAACAUCAUGCUUUGGGGCUGUUUUUCUGCAAAGGGACCAGGAAGACUGAUCCGUGUAAAGGAAAGAAUGAAUGGGGCCAUGUAUCGUGAGAUUUUGAGUGAAAACCUCCUUCCAUCAGCAAGGGCAUUGAAGAUGAAACGUGGCUGGGUCUUUCAGCAUGACAAUGAUCCCAAACACACCGCCCGGGCAACGAAGGAGUGGCUUCGUAAGAAGCAUUUCAAGGUCCUGGAGUGGCCUAGCCAGUCUCCAGAUCUCAACCCCAUAGAAAAUCUUUGGAGGGAGUUGAAAGUCCGUGUUGCCCAGCGACAGCCCCAAAACAUCACUGCUCUAGAGGAGAUCUGCAUGGAGGAAUGGGCCAAAAUACCAGCAACAGUGUGUGAAAACCUUGUGAAGACUUACAGAAAACAUUUGACCUGUGUCAUUGCCAACAAAGGGUAUAUAACAAAGUAUUGAGAAACGUUUGUUAUUGACCAAAUACUUAUUUUCCACCAUAAUUUGCAAAUGAAUUCAUAAAAAAUCCUACAAUGUGAUUUUCUGGAUUUUUUUUUUCUCAUUUUGUCUGUCAUAGUUGACGUGUACCUAUGAUGAAAAUUACAGGCCUCUCUCAUCUUUUUAAGUGGGAGACCUUGCACAAUUGGUGGCUGACUAAAUACUUUUUUCCCCCACUGUAUAACAUUUUUGACAUGCGUUUUUCUUGAUUUUUUUGUUGUUAUUCUGUCUCUCACUGUUCAAAUAAACAUACCAUUAAAAUGAUAGACUGAUCAUUUCUUUGUCAGUGGGCAAACGUACAAAAUCAGCAGGGGAUCAAAUACAUUUUUCCCUCACUGUAUCAGACUAUUCUCAAUUGAAUCUUGUCUUUACAUACACUACCAGUCAAAAGAACACCUACUCAUUCAAGGGUUUUUCUUUAUUUUUACAAUUUUCUACAUUGUAUAAUAAUAAUGAAGUGGGAGAACUUGCACAAGCUGUCAUCAAGACAAAGGGUGGCUAUUUGAAGAAUCUCAAAUAUAAAAUAUAUUUUGAUUUGUUUAACCCUUUUUUGGUUACUACAUGAUUCCAUAUGUGUUAUUGCAUAGUUUUGAUGUCUUCACUAUUAUUCUAUAAUGUAGAAAAUAGUAAAAAUAAAGAAAAACCCUUGAAUGGGUAGGCGUUCUAAAACCUUUGACCGGUAGUGUAUACAAAAUAAUAUGUGUGAAAUUUGUUUAGAUUUACAAUGGGCCAUUAUCAAACGGGACAUGUAAUCCAUAUGCCCUUGAAUAGCAAAUGGAGGUACAGCAAUGUGCUAAUAUGACAAAAUGAGAAAUAAAUAAAUAUAGUAGCCUAGCAAUAUAGCUGGGAUCCUCCUCUUUUGAAUAGAGGCAAUCACAACUAUUUUUUUCGCACACGAUUGGAUAUAGAAAUGUCUGGGCUUAUAAGGAAACAUAUUUCAUUCUACGCAUUGACCAGCUAUUUGAGGAACUGGCUCUGGCUGCGCGACAGGGGUGAUACCCUGUUCCUGGAGAGCUACGCUCCUGAAGGUUUUCGCUCCAACCUCAGAUGUUACCAACCUGAUUCAACUGAUCAACCAGCUAAUUAUUAUCCUCGCAUCCCAAAUUCAUCCAAAUGGCUGCCAUUGUGUUUGGCUUUGAGUUGACCUCUAACUCCCUUCAUUUAUCCCCAUCAUUCAGAUUACACAAAUUCAAUCGUGUUUGAUUAGAUUUUCGAAGCCAUUUGCAUUGAUGUCAGAGUGAUUAGAGGGUAAAAAAAGAGUGCAGAGUAUCAGGCCAUUUGCGACUCGAGGGCCGUUAGCAAAUCAGGCUAUUAACGGCCAACAGUGCCAUUCAUUUACAGAGCGCAGUGUUUGAGUAGUUACCGUGACUCAACAGUCACGUGGAAUUUGACUGCAGUCAUGACUCGUGACCACCGAUGUGGCGGUAACAUAAUGACCGUUACAGCCCUACUCCCAAGUGUGUGUCAGUUUCAUCUCUCAGUGGGACUGUCACAGCCUGUUUAGCCAAUGUGGUAAUGACAUAUACCCCGCUGCCUUAUUCCACUGUGGUAAUGACAUAUACCCCGCUGCCUUAUUCCACUGUGGUAAUGACAUUUACCCCGUUGCCUUAUUCCACUGUGGUAAUGACAUUUACCCCGCUGCCUUAUUCCACUGUGGUAAUGACAUUUACCCCGCUGCCUUAUUCCACUGUGGUAAUGACAUUUACCCCGCUGCCUUAUUCCACUGUGGUAAUGACAUUUACCCUGCUGCCUUAUUCCACUGUGGUAAUGACAUUUACCCCGCUGCCUUAUUCCACUGUGGUAAGGACAUAUACCCCGCUGCCUUAUUCCACUGUGGUAAUGACAUUUACCCUGCUGCCUUAUUCCACUGUGGUAAUGACAUUUACCCCGCUGCCUUAUUCCACUGUGGUAAUGACAUUUACCCUGCUGCCUUAUUCCACUGUGGUAAUGACAUUUACCCUGCUGCCUUAUUCCACUGUGGUAAUGACAUUUACCCCGCUGCCUUAUUCCACUGUGGUAAUGACAUUUACCCUGCUGCCUUAUUCCACUGUGGGAAUGACAUUUACCCUGCUGCCUUAUUCCACUGUGGUAAGGACAUAUACCCCGCUGCCUUAUUCCACUGUGGGGAAUGACAUUUACCCUGCUGCCUUAUUCCACUGUGGUAAGGACAUUUACCCUGCUGCCUUAUUCCACUGUGGUAAUGACAUUUACCCUGCUGCCUUAUUCCACUGUGGGAAUGACAUUUACCCUGCUGCCUUAUUCCACUGUGGUAAGGACAUAUACCCCGCUGCCUUAUUCCACUGUGCAAAUUCCUGAAGAGACUCCUAACUCUCCGCUCCUAACACUGUUGGUGGAUUGGAACGCUUUUUACAGUACAAUUGCAUCUACAGUAGAGCUCUACUUUUAAAGGUUAAUAUGUGCAAAUCCUCUAAUGCAUUGGUACAGUAAGUAGGUAAAAGGAAAAAUAUGUUCUCAUUGAAAGCUGGUACAAAUGUAAGACCGAUAAGAAAAAUCUACUGCAGGAGGUAGUUUAAAAAUACAUGAUUUAUUGUCCAUUUUGUGAGAAGGGGACAUGUAUUUCUACUCUAACUGACCUUGUUUGACAAUGUUAGCUUUUUGUAAAACAUGCUCCACUUUAGUUUUAUUGAGUGGAUUGUAACACACACACACGCACAUGCACACACACUCUCACACACAUCCCCCCUGUACACACACACACACACUUCUGUAUCACAGGAUGUGCCGUCUCGCCGCCGCACUCUAAUGGGGAUUAAACCCAUGGUUUCCACAGCAACCGUGGAACGAUGCCAGCUCUCCUCCGCACAACAUUUUUUGAAGGCUGAUAACGUUAGGGUUAUGUUCCGGUAAACAGACAGGAUAUAAUAAACUAAACAACCACAAGGUGAAGUCUGGUUGCAGUCAGAGUUUGUUUACCUCCCAAUGGAGGAGCAGUGGAUUGGGAUGCUCACCCUUACAGUAGCAAUGAUGAGAUCUUUGCAAGGAUUGCUGCAUAAUAUCGCUUGAGAAUUCAUUGUCUGUCUGUCGUUCUGUCUAACAAUCAAAUGAAUUUAUACAACCUUUACUCUCUCCAUCGCUCUUCCCCCUGUCAGGACCGUAUCUACUGGACAGACAGGGAAAGGGAGGCGGUGUACAGCGCUAACAGGCUAACCGGCCAGGACGUCAGCACACUGGCCGAGCACCUCAACGACCCCCACGACAUAGUGGUCUUCCACCCACUGCGACAGCCCCAAGGUGUGGGGGUGAGGGUUGGGGGGGUCUGUAUGUCUGCAUAUCUGUGUGUGUUUGAGAGAGCAAGUAAGAGAACUAAAAAUAACUUGUUUUCUCUGUCGGUGUCCCUAGUGUGUGUGUUGUAAUACUUGUUUGUUCACUUACGUGUGUGUGUGUGUGUGAGAGAGAGCGAGAGAGAGAGAGAGAGAGAGAGAGAGAGAGAGAGAGAAUUAGGCCGAUACCCGCUAAUUAUCAAAAUCCAGAAAAGAGCCGUUAAAUUCUAUAACCACUUAAAAGGACGCGAUUCCCAAACCUUCCGUAACAAAGCCAUCACCUACAGAGAGAUUAACUUGGAGAAGAGUCCCCUAAGUAAGCUGGUCCUGGGGCUCUGUUCACAAACACAAACAAACCCCACAGAGCCUCAGGACAACAACACAAUUAGACCCAAUUGAAUCAUGAGAAAACAAAAAGAGAAUUACUUGACACAUUGGAAAGAAUUAACAAAAAAACAGAGCAAACUAGAAUGCUAUUUGGCCCUAAACAGAGAGUACACAGUGACAUAAUACCUGACCACUGUGACUGACCCAAACUUAAGGAAAGCUUUGACUAUGUACAUACUCAGUGAGCAUAGCCUUGCUAUUGAGAAAGGCCGCCGUAGGCAGACCUGGCUCUCAAGAGAAGACAUGCUAUGUGCACACUGCCCACAAAAUGAGGUGGAAACUGAGCUGCACUUCCGAACCUCCUGCCAAAUGUAUGACCAUAUUAGAGACACAUAUUUCCCUCAGAUUACAGAGAUCCACAAAUAAUUUGAAAACAAACCCAAUUUUGAUAAACUCCCUUAUCUACUGGGUGAGAGAGAGAGAGAGAGAGAGAGAGAGAGAGAGAUGUCAUCGUCUCUGGUUGUUUAUCUGUGUCCCUAGUGUGUGUGUUAUGCAAUGCUUCCUGUACACAUAUCCCUAUGACUGUACACAUGUCCUUACCUGAGUUCCCAAGGUGUGAGUCAUUCUUCCUCUGAGACACACACACACACAACACCAGCAGGUAGCCUAGCGGUUGGGCCAGUAACCGAAAGGUUGCUGGUUCGAAUCCCUGAGCCGACUCUGCCGAUGUGCCCUUGAGCAAGACACUUAACCCUAAUUGCUCCUGUAAGUCGCUCUGGAUAAGAGCGUCUGCUAAAUGACUAAUAUGUAAUGUAACACACAAACUACGCUAGUUCCACCUGGUCUUCACAGAUUGAUCCCUGGUCUCAUGUAACAGACCCAUCACAUUAUUAAGUUUAGAAGUUGGUAGUUACAAAGAUCAAAGUGCCAUGUGUCUCUGUGUGUGUGUAUCUAACGGUGCAGUUACACCAGAAACAACUAUGUACAGUUGAAGUAGGAAGUUUACAUACACUUAGGUUGGAGUCAUUAAAACUUGUUUUUCAACCACUCCAUACAUUUCUUGUUAACAAACUAUAGUUUUGGCAAGUCAGUUAGGACAUCUACUUUGUGCAUGACACAAGUCAUUUUUCCAACAAUCGUUUACAGACAGAUUAUUUCACUUGUAAUUCACUGUAUCACAAUUCCAGUGGGUCAGAAGUUUACAUACACUAAGUUGACUGUGCAUUUAAUUUGCUUGGAAAAUUCCAGAAAAUGAUGUCAUGGCUUUAGAAGCUUCUGAUAGUCAAUUGGAGGUGUACCUGUGGAUGUAUUUCAAGGCUUACCUUCAAACUCAGUGCCUCUUUGCUUGACAUCAUGGGAAAAUCAAAAGAAAUCAGCCAAGUCCUCAGAAAAGAAAUUGUAGACCACCACAAGUCUGGUUCAUCCUUGGGAGCAAUUUCCAAAUGCCUGAAGGUACCACGUUCAUCUGUACAAACAAUAGUACGCAAGUAUAAACACCAUGGGACCACACAGUCGUCAUACCGCUCAGGAAGGAGAAGCGUUCUGUCUCCUAGAGAUGAACGCACUUUGGUGCGAAAAGUGCAAAUCAAUCCCAGAACAACAGCAAAUGACCUUGUGAAGAUGCUGGAGGAAACAGGUACAAAAUUAUCUAUAUCCACAGUAAAACGAGUCAUAUAUCGACAUAACCUGAAAGGCCGCUCAGCAAGGAAGAAGCCACUGCUCCAAAACCGCCAUUAAAAAGCCAGACUACGGUUUGUAACUGCACGUGGGGACAAAGAUCUUACUUUUUGGAAAUGUCCUCUGGUCUGAUGAAACAAAAAUAGAACUGUUUGGCCAUAAUGACCAUCGUUAUUGUUUGGAGGAAAAAGGGGUUGCUUGCAUGCCGAAGAACACCAUCCCAACCGUGAAGCACGGGGGUGGCAGCAUCAUGCUGUGGGGGUGCUUUGCUGCAGGAGGGACUGGUGCACUUCGCAAAAUAGAUGGCAUCAUGAGGAAGGAAAAUGAUGUGGAUAUAAUGAGCAACAUCUCAAGACAUCAGUCAGGAAGUUAAAGCUUGGUCGCAAAUGGGUCUUCCAAAUGGACAAUGACCCCAAUCAUACUUCCAAAGUUGUGGCAAAAUGGCUUAAGGACAACAAAGUCAAGGUAUUGGAGUGGCCAUCACAAAGCCCUGACCUCAUUCCUAUAGAAAAUGUGUGGGGAGACCUGAAAAGGCGUGUGCGAGCAAGGAGGCCUACAAACCUGACUCAGUUACACCAGCUCUGUCAGGAGGAAUGGGCCAAAAUUAAUCCAACUUAUUGUGGGAAGCUUGUGGAAGGCUACCCGAAAUGUUUGACCCAAGUUAAACAAUUUAAAGGCAAUGCUACCAAAUACUAAUUGAGUGUAUGUAAACUUCUUACCCACUGGGAAUGUGAUGAAAGAAAUAAAAGCUGAAAGAAAUAAAUUCUCUCUACUAUUAUUCUGACAUUUCACAUUCUUAAAAUAAAGUGGUGAUCCUAACUGACCUAAGACAGGGAACGUUUACUAGGAUUAAAUGUCAGGAAUUGUGAAAAACUGAGUUUAAAUGUAUUUGGAUAAGGUGUAUGUAAACUUCCGACUUCAACUGUAGUUUCAUGUUUUUAUUAUAUGAAUAGGUGAACAGUUCGCAACAAUGUGCACCACAAUCAAAUGUAUUUUAUAAAUCCCUUUUUACAUCAGCAGCCAGCUUAAAACCCCAAAGAGCAAGUAAUGCAUAGGCCGACUAGCAAGGAAUUACUCAGAUUUCCCCUGGCACGUAGGCUAACAACCAAUCUAACAUGGUGUCAAAGUUAGCUAGCGCGACUCUCCUUUCCCCAAUGGGUUUGAGUCUCUGACUGUGUGUCUCUUUGGCUGCGUUUACACAGGCAGCCCAAUGCUGAUCUUUUUGGACCAAUCAGAUCAGCUCUUUUGCCAAUAAUUGGGCAAAAUAUCAGAUUUGAGUGCCUGUGUAAACGCAGCCUUUUGUAUUUCUGUCUCUUGACUGUGUGUUUCUCUAUUUCCCUCUCUUAGGCCCAGACAGCUGUAACUUGGGCAGUGAGGCCAACGGUGGCUGUGAGUACCUGUGUCUCAAAGCCCCCCAGAUCACAGAGCACUCCCCCAAGUACACCUGCGCCUGCCCAACAGGACAGGACCUGGGGCCAGACAUGCGGGGCUGUGUGCCAGGUGAGAGUGUGUGUCGGUGGGCUGUUAGUGGAGGGAGAACUAGGGGACCAAUCACAGACCAAUCACAGGCCGGCAGACUACGAGGAGGCUCGCUCCCUCAUGCAUGCUCUUUGCAAGUGUCUCUCAGGCGGGAUGAAAACAACUACAUCGACCAUGAUCCUUUGCUAGUUACGGCCAUUUUCUCUGUGAUCCAUUCAGCCCCAUACAGCAAUAUGGCGCGCUUCAAAUUCGAAUACACUAUAUAUACAAAAGUAUGUGGACACCCCUUCAAGUUAGUGGAUUUGGCUAUUUCAGCUACACCCGUUGCUGACAGGUGUAUAAAAUUGAGUAAACAGCCAUGCAAUCUCCAUAGACAAACAUUGACUUUCAAAGGAUGCCACUUUUCCAAUAAGUUUGUUCGUAAAAUUUCUGCCCUGCACGAUCUGCUCCAGUCAACUGUAAGUGCUGUAAUUUGAAGUAAAAACGUCUAGGAACAACAACGGCUCAGCCGCGAAGUGGUAGGCCACACAAGCUCACAGAACAGGACCGGCGAGUACUGAAGCGCAUAGUGCAUAAAAAUCGUCUGUCCUCGGUUGCAGCACUCACUACCGAGUUCCAAACUGCCUCUGGAAGCAACGUCAGCACAAUAACUGUUUGUCGGGAGCUUCAUGAAAUGGGUUUCCAUGGCCGAGCAGCCGCACACAAGCCUAAGAUCACCAUGCGCAAUGCCAAACGUAGGCUGGAGUGGUGUAAAGCUUGCCACCAUUGGACUCUGUAGUAGUGGAAUCGCGUUCUCUGGAGUGAUGAAUGACGCUUCACCAUCUGGCGGUCCGACUGACAAAUUUGGGUUUGGCGAUGCCAGGAGAUCGCUACCUGCCCUAAUGCAUAGUGCCAACUGUAAAGUUUGGUGGAGGAGGAAUAAUGGUCUGGGGCUGUUUUUCAUGGUUUGGCCUAGGCCCCUUAGUUCCAGUGAAGGGAAAUUUUAACGCUACAGCAUACAAUGACAUUCUAGACAAUUCUGUGCUUCCAACUUUGUGGCAACAGUUUGGGGAAGGUCCUUUCUUGUUUCAGCAUGACAAUGCCCCAUGCACAAAGCAUGGUCUAUACAGAAAUGGUUUGUCGAGAUCGGUGUGGAAGAACUUGACUGGCCUGCACAGAGCCCUGACUUCAACUCCAUCGAACACCUUUGGUAUGAAUUGGAACGCCGACUGCGAGCCAAGCCUAAUUUCCCAACAUCAGUGCCCGACCUCUUGUGGCUGAAUGGAAGCAAGUCCCCGCAGCAAUGUUCCAACAUAUAAUGGAAAGCCUUCUCAGAAGAGUGGAGGCUGUUAUAGCAGCAAAGGGGGGACCAGCUCUAUAUUAAUGCCCAUGAUUUUGGAAUGAGAUGUUGGAUGAGCAGGUGUCCACAUACUUUUGGUCAUGUAGUGUACUAAAGGCACCAUUGGGAGUUUUCCAUAGUUCAGGUUUGGAUUGAGUAAAACUAUAUUAUGAUAAUCUUACAGUUCUAAUCUUCUAAAACAGAUACAUAUAGUUGAUAUUGCAUACAUAAAAUGAUGUAUUGUAACUAAUUGUAUAUCCCUGUUCAUUUAGCAAAUGAGACUAUUACCAAACCGUCGCCAUUCCCCACCGGCUCUGUAGCCAUCAUCACGGCAAGUGUCAAGGAGGACAAAGAGGACUCCCAUUCCACUUCUGGGAUGUCCCAGGCGGAUGCCGGGGUCCGCCACCUCACCCCCGCCCCCUCCAGCACCCCAGAGCCUCCCCUCACUGCCAAACCUGGGGCAGAGGUGAAGGAGAAAGAGGGCCGGCGUUUGGAUCCCACUGCUGCCACCAAAAUCUUCACUACCUCCACCACAGUAGGGUCUGGGGACACGAAUGUCAUCAAGGAGGACAGCAACCUCUCUCACCACUGUAAGUCUGUGGGACAUGCAAAACGGCGCAAUGGUGUGCUUUAGGACCAUGCGGCCUCCGAGUGGUCGGGUAGGCUGUUUAGAGAGUUUAUCCGACCCCCCCCCCCCCCCCCCCCCCCCCCCCCCACUUCUAAAACUAAAGUUGCGCCUCUGGGAACAUGUCUGUAUAUGUCUGUGUGUGUACCAGAUAUGUGUCUGUGUAUACUAUGUUUAAUUGACAUUAAUUUGUAGUAAUUACCUACAGUUCUUGAGCAAGAUAGAAAGAUUGCUUUACCUGGUGGGCAUGAUCAUAAAAUAUUUCUGAAACCAGCUCUUUCUAGCCCUGUUGAUGUUCUAGCCCUCCUGUCAGAAUUGGAACUAGUUAGGACAGUGAGGGAGAGGGGGACAUUAUUUGAAGUAAUUACAGUACCUACAGCCAUUAGUGUGGAAGAGUGAUUUUCAGCAGUUUACAGAGAUAAAAUGAUCAGUUCACCUGAAUUUUACAUGAUCAUAUUUCAGAAACCAUCUAUUUCCUAUAUACACUACGCCCAUGGCGCACUAUAUAGGGUGCCAUUUUGGACACAGCCAGAGAGUGUCAUCUGAUAAAGCGUAGCCUAGUCCACCACCUCUUUGUCUCCUGCCGAGUCACCCACCACUUUACAAUGUGAGCUGGAGGCCGAAUGCAUUUUGAAAACAUGCUUAAUUGUUUGAAACCUGAAUGUUUUAUUUCAUAUUAUGUCUUGCUUCAAAGUAGCCUAUAGCCAAAAUCCGACCAUGGAAACAUGGAGGCAAUUAUUUUAUUAAGAUUUAAUUGGCGGCGCGUGAGUUUCAAGCUCCGGGAAGCUUACAAUUAUCCUACCAUUUCUACCGAUCUGCAUGCCAGUUAUGAUUUUCAUAUGCAUAUUUUCAUUCUCAAAAUCAUUGUCUCGUGGUGAAUUGUAAAAAUCUGAAUUUAAAUGAUACAAAUCUAAAACUAAAUAUUUAACUAAUGCGAGAUCUCCAGCCUCAUUGAUACAUUGGUUGCUAAAGAAAUGAGCGCAUGGAACUCAUAGCCUAUAGGCCAAAGCACCAGUAGGCCUAUAACCUCCAUUGCUCUUUCACACCGAGGAUUGGUGACUAUCGAGGGGGAGAUUGUUGGGAAGAUUUUUCAAUAGUCUACUGUGGGGAACUAUAGUUUUAAUAUAUUAUCAUUCGCAAUGGAUGUUAUAAAAACAGACUUUGUUGACUUAGAAGCUCAGCUUAUUAGUGGGGGACGUGGUGAAUUAAGAGAUUCAGAAAUCCGACAUCCCCAAAUGGGCACUUUCCUACAUUUCCUCACAGCAGGCCAGGUACCUCUAUUCCGCUCAGGCUCCCUCAACAUUAUCAGGCAGAGAAACCAGACACAUGCUCAUUGCUCACAUGGUAAAUAAUGGUUAUGAAAUGAACCAAAACUUGUUUCUCACAAGUGUAGCAAGUGUAGCAGGUUGUGAACUCUGACUGUAAUUAAUACAUGCAGUAACAGAAAUGAAUGUAACCAAAUGACGGGGGUUAACAGUACAUUUACUACUGGUGACAGGUGUAAUGGGGAAUUGAUUAAAAAAACGAAACAUUCAAAGGGCAAACAAUUCACACAAUUAAACAAUGAAUGUGUAAGAAUUGGCGGGAGACAGCUGAGCCAUUCUGGAGAGAGACCCGCCUAUAUCUUCGCAACACACCCCUCCCCUUCUUCUUGUCUCAACAUUUUAAAUUAUACUCAAUACACAUUAUCUUCACAUAUAUUUUAGAUACUUUUCACUGACAGCCGCAACUUAAUAAUCAGCUAGGCCUAUUGCCACGCGCGCUGCCCAAAUUUGCGGGCUUCCCAAAUAAGCAUAGGCCUACGAGCUUGUGAUUUUGAAACAAUCCACAGCAAAGAAGCUAACGAUCCUUGAAUCCUCUGUGGCUAAGUCAUGCUUUCUAGUGAAGUAUUUUUGAUUAUUUCUUCAUUUCUGUAUAGACAUGAAUAAUUAUACAAUUUUGACAAAUGUACUACUCUGUUACCAUUUCUCUCCUGUUCUAUUGGUUUUCAUAUCAACUUACUUUCAUUGUCCAGAAGCCAAAGGUACAAUUCUAGUCAUAUUAGCAACCCAUCCUAGUUGUUGCAUCUUUAGAUGACCCUCUUUCUAAGUUUCUAACAGAGAUUAUCAUCUUUGUCACAUAUGGCACUGCUCUCAUCAGAAUGGUUUAUUCCUGCGAAUUGCAUUUUGGCAAAUGACUUUAUUUGCUGCUUCAUUACAGGAGUUGCAUGUUCUGUUAAGAUGAAUUACCAUAAUCUAAAUGUGAUUUCUGAGCAUCGUGGGUGGACACCCUAAUGGGUUAUGCACCCAAUGCAUAUGGGUCCGGUAGAUUUCUCAAAUGGCCGGUAAAUUAAAAUCUUGUCUGGUGCCACAUUUUCCUAACGGAAACCCUGUUCCAAACGCAAACACACGCUAAUAGCAGGGCUAACAUCUCUCUCUCUCUCUCCCACUUGUAUUUUCUUCUCUGACACUCCUCUGUCUUUCUCUCUCUCCCUCUCUCCUAUGUCCCUCUCUUUCUCACUCUCUCUCUCUCCUAUGUCCCUCUCUCUUUCUCUUGCCUCCAUGUCUCCUCCACUGUAGCUGGAAGUGAGCAUUUUAUCCUGGGUGAGAACCUGACAGUGGCAGUUCUGGGAGUAGUCAUCCCUAUAGGUAAGUACAUGUCCUCUCUCUAUACCCCACAGGAGCUGCUUCUCCUGUCUGACUGGCUAAAUUUAGUCUACUCCCUACUAGGCCUGGGUUCAAAUAGUAUGGGGGGUCCAUUAAGCCAGGUAAGCUCAAUCAUGCACAGUAGUAGUUACAAAGUAGUUACAAUUAUUUCAAAUAGUAUUUGAACCCAAGCUUGCUAUAUUUAAUCUAUUGUCUACACUAUCCACUGAUCCUGGUUCAGUUUGGACCAGAGGGGCCAUGCCUAGAGACAUGACCACUUAGAAACCAUUGUGUGUCUCUGACUUUACAUUCUGCCACUGCAUAUCCAUUCAUUUAUUGUCUGUGUUGGGUACGUUCCAACCAAAACAACCAUACUUUCAUGGUGGCAGGCGGGUUUGUUUGGAUAUAUUAUUGCAGGCAGUCAGAAAACACCCAUUACAAAUGGAAUAUAACUGACUGUACAUGGAUUUGUCCAAUAAGAAACGCUCAUUUUCAUUUUACGCUGCAAAACGUUUUACAUUGCUUGCCGUAAUGAACGCAACCCUAUGCUACUCUCCUUUUUUGGGGUGUUUUAUCAUAAUUAAUGUGGAGCUGAGGUUUUACAUGCAGGGCACUGAGGGUAUAUUGAAGGCAUAUGGGCAAUGCCAGUCUCUCCUGCCCUUCUAUUGACCAGGGUGAUGGGCACACAGGUCAGCAAGGAAUUAGCCAAUCAGCCCAAAUAACCCAGCAAUGUUUGGUCUGCCCCCCUUCACCUGGCAAUGCCUUUCAUCUGCAUAAAGUGACACAGACAGGACAGGAUAUACCCUUAUACUGUAAUAAAGUCGCAAGCAUAAGUAAUGGUAUUAUGAUGAUAUGGCAGGUUUUACUCAGGGAUAGAGAGAAAGUCCGUAAAUCACUCUGGACUAAAGAUAAUCUGCAACUCCUUUUCGAAUCCAGCUCUCAUAUAAGUGUAUUUCAUCUAACCUGCGAACUGUAGUAAAACUCAGUAUAAAUAUUAUAUAGAAAUAGCUAAUGAAGUAAUGUUAGCUUCCAGAUACACUUCUCUCUCAAUACUUAAAUGUACUAGUAAAAUAUACAACACUUAAAGAAGUAAAUCCUCAGUUUUAUGAGCUUGCUGGAAGCGUGCUGGACAGUUGUGGUUCCUCAAACCGUACUUCACUGCCCAAAAGUCCAAAUACCCACAGUUUUUCAUGAAGACUGCCUCAAGCUCAGUUUUGCCAAGAUCUCUCAGAAAUGGCCCAUCUGGCUUGGCUUGGGGUCAUGGGUACACAUACCCUAGUUGCCUCCAGAAGUUCUGCGACAACCAUUUGGCUACCUGCCUACAAACCUUGUUAUGAGAUUAUUCCGAUGAUGUUAAUGUCAAUUGAUCCACCAAGCCUAGCACAGAAAUCCCCAACACAAGGCCAGUUCACUCCGUCCCCUCCCGCUCUGUCCACCCGCAUGUCUUGAUUUGCUAUACUUCAGCUCUGUGCCUGUCAUUUCACGAUGCUCAUGGUCCGACAACAUUAACACUCCCCCAUCUUCCCCGUGUCCCCACAUCCCUUCCUCCUGCCACUGUGUGUUAAACGCAUGCAGUUCCUAUCGUUGCCACAGUGGUCUUCGGCCUGCUCUGCACCGGCGUCUACCUGGUUUGGCGGAACUAUCGCGUAAACUCCACCAAGAGUAUGAACUUCGACAACCCCGUUUACCGCAAGACCACUGGCGAGGGCGAAGAGGACGAGAUUCACAUCGGACGGACGGACGGUGGCAUAAGCGGCCACCAUGGGCAUCAGCCGUACCCAGUUGGAGUGGGGUGUGGCGUAGUCGGCGGGGGCGGAAAUACAUGCCCACAGUUUAUUGCGCUGCCUCUGGGUGGCAGUAUGCCCGACCCGGGGACUCACUGGUACACGGAGCAGCCAAUGCUGUCCACUACGGCUAAG